AGGCAGCUGUUCCUUCUCCCUCACCAAGAUGGAUCUCAGCCUUUCUUCCUCUUUCUUCUUCCCAGAAGCCCCUUCCCCUUCCCCAGAGCAGUUCACUGGCAACCUUCCAAGUCACUGGUCACACUUGGUGAAAGAAGUUCUAUUGCUUUAUUAAGCUACCCAUGAAUUCCUUUGUGGCUUAUAUUAUCCCUUCCUAUCACAAAUAACACCAAAUCCUAGCAUUGAUUACCGUAUUUUUUUUCAUCUAUGAGACACCCCCAUUUAAGACCCUGAUUUAAGAAAACGGGGGGAGAUGGCCCCCAUGUAUAAGAUGCCUCCAAAUUUUGGACAUAAUUUUUUAGGGGAAAGAACCUAGUCUUAUACAUGGAAAAAUACAGUAAUUUUAGUGUUUAAGGGGAGCCCCCCAGUUCUGCAACAGUAUUCUUAGAUCACAUUUUACCUUGGGAUGCCCUGGUGGGUGGGUUACAUGCAAUCUACAUACCCAGAAGUUGAAUUAAAUUCAGUAGAAUUAAUAUUGUAGCCUUUCCCUGCUGGCAGAGGCACAUUAAAGUUGUUAAAUGCUAUAAAGGAAAAGGGGCAUUCACAUGUUACAUUCUAUGAGUGAGCAGUCUUUAUACAGUACCUGUGUACGCAACCAUUCAACUUCACAAAUCAACUAGUUUACACUCUUUCAUGCAAACAAUUGCACAUCUAUAGUCUGUUUGUAUCUGGUGUUAAGUGUACUAAGUGAGUCAAGUCAAGGUGCCACAUGGCUCUGUUGUUAUAAGAUAAAAUUAAGGCUAUGUGCCUAAAACACAUUUCCUGAGCCUUGGGAUAGCCAACAUGGGUGGAAUCUAGUCACAUAUGAAAUUCUUGUGACUACAACUCCCAUAAUCUUUGGUAACUGGCCAUGACUGACUAGUAGGGUCUAGGGGUCGUUCACACUUCUGCUUGCCCCAUGUUUCCUAAGCACAAGUCUGAGAGGUUUCUUGUUUAACCCAUUGUUUCCCUGGGGAAAACGGGCUGUUUACCGCUGGGGGCUUAUCCAUACAGUACUUACUUCUCAUGUGCUCUUAAAGCUCUGUGUCAGAGCCCUGUGUUGUUUUUUGCUCCAAAGCUUUCCAUGUGAAAACCCUCUUUUUAACACUAAAUCAGAGCAAAUGGAAAGAAAACCGUGGAAAAUCUGAAUUGACCUUUGCUCCAAUUCAGUUUUAAAGAGCAGAUCUUCGUGGGAAAGCUUGGGAUAAUAAUAAUAAUAAUAAUAAAGCUAGGGCAUGGAAUGUUAAAGCGCUUGCCUGGAAUGAGUGGGGCAAAGGGUGAGGGGAGAUAGACUUUGUGCUUAGAGUGCGGAAACUUGUUGUGGGUCACUUUAACCCCAGAGCAGCCGUGCAGGUGUGCAAAACUGAAUUAAAAGCGGGGCGGGGCGCCGUCCACGUAAGGCCCCCUCCCCCGCGCAAAGUCCAUCACAUGACCCGGCGCACGGGAACUAUUUAAACAGCAGGCCUAGGCCCAAGAAGUCUGCAGUUGUACUGAAGGGAAGGCAUGGUCUACUGUCCUACGCCUGCCGGCCCUCUCCGUUCCUCCCGGCGGAGCCCCGUGCUGCCCCUGCGCCUAGUCCGCGCCAUGCCGCCAAGGAAGCCCAGGUUCUCCCGCCCUCAAAAGCCUCCUCUCCCUCCUCCUCCUCCUCCCCGUCGUCGUCGUCGUCCUCCUCCUCCAUCGCCGCCCACUUUCCCGUCAUGCUCGUCAUGGCCGCCCCCACCGUCCCCUCUGACCUCGGGCCCGCCGUUCUCGCAUCCGGGCUUUCGGCACUACACCAGGAAGAUGGCGGCGGGAGCGGCGGCCUCAGCGGUGGCAUCGACAUCGGGGGCAUCCACGGCGGCGGCGCUCCCUGCCGAGUGGAUCAAGAACUGGGACAAAUCGGGCAAGAUCGAAUUGUGAGUCCGGGGGGGCGUGGGGGUCUGGGGGGAGGCGCAACGGUGUGGGGGGUGGUAAGGGGAGAAAAGACGUGGUGGGAGGGGGAGCAGGCAAGGUGCGCUGGGUAGAAGAUCGGCGAGGGUGGGCAAUGGAGGGCCUGAUCCCACUCACCCAAGCCCUCAGAUCGGCGGUUCCUGCUGUGGGGGCGAGACCCCCCCCCUUUCCCGCGCGCGAUCCCCCGAUCCCCCUCCCCCGAUCUCCGCCGCCCCUUCCCAGCGCUAGGCCCUGAGGUGACUCCAGGCUUCCCUCGCUCCUUUCAGCGCCGCGCCCGCCCCCAUCUCUUCUUGCGCUAAUCCUCCCCCCGGCCCAGACCUUUAGAUCUCGGUCCUUCUUCCUCUCUCUCUGCUUGGAGAUCAGAUCGCUUUGAGCUCCUUUCCCUGCCUCGCGAUGGAAACGGGACAGGCGCGCUCGCCGGGGGGCGGGUUGUCUCUCGGUGCGACCCCCCCACCCCCCCACCCCACUCCCCUGCGAUCGCCGCCUUUCCCGUUUCCAUCGCGAGGCAGACGUUCGUCAAAAGCUGUGCAGUAUUAGGUGUCUUGGGCCCUUUCUUUCCUUUCUUUCUCUCCCCCGUUAUUAUUGUCAUUAUUGUUACGUUAACCAGCCCUCGCCUUUUGGUAACGUUCCCCACUCCCCACCAUAGCUGGACCGACCUUCCUGCAGUUGCAUUGUUGUUCGUUUGUUCAACAAUUUAUUCUUCCAACCAUCUGAAUAGAAAGCUAUCUUUAGAGAAGCGUGAAGCUUGGAUGCUAUAAGUGUAAGCCUUUCCCCCACCAUCUUAGCUUGCUUAGGGGCUGCCUUUUGGUACCUUCCCCAGUGAGGUUUAUGGUCUUUCUGGCUCCAGUUUUGUACAUCUUAGUGUGGGGUUUCUGCUAAUAAAAUCGGACCGCUUGCUGAAGGUGUAAUGGGGUUGGACAGCAACCCUAAUCCCUCUCACUAGAGAGUGGGUUCCAUUGAAGUCAAUCAGGCUUGCUUCUGAAUAAACGUGCUUAGUAGGAUCAUACUAUAAAAGUUGCCUUUUGUAGUCUAGCUGCAGUGGGAUUUGAAGACUUUGUGGAUCGAGAGCUGUCAUUAUGCAGAAAGCAGAUAAAGUGGUACCUCAGGUUAAGUACUUAAUUCGUUCCGGAGGUCCGUUCUUAACCUGAAACUGUUCUUAACCUGAAGACCACUUUAGCUAAUUGGGUCUCCUUCUGCCACCGUGCCGCCAGAGCACAAUUUCUGUUCUUAUCCUGAAGCAAAGUUCUUAACCUGAGGUACUAUUUCUGGGUUAGCGGAGUCUGUAACCUGAAGCGUAUGUAAACCGAGGUACCACUGUACUUCAGUUAUCAACUUACAAAUGCUAACAACUAAACAGAAUAUAAAUUCCUUAAAUGAAUUGAAAUGAAUUGAAAUGAAAUCAAGCAGCUUUGCAGUAUCUCAGACCACGAUUUAUAGCCCAGUCCCAAGUAUGUUUAUUCAUAUCUAAAUCAUACUGACAUCAAUUAAAUUUAAUUCCAGAUUUACUUAGGAUUGCAGCCUAUAGCCUGAGCUAGUGUGGUCCAACCUCUCAGACUUAGUGGGACACAAGAGUACUUCAAUGCAGAACAUGUGGCCACACACUGAAUUUAAUUUCCAAAUUGUAAAUUAAAGUGCUUGCAAUAUAGUUAAUUAUAUUUAAUAUACACAAUAUUUUCAAAUGGAUAUAUAAAUGAAUACACAAUUAAAUAAAAAUAAUACAUUUAUUUAAUAAAAUUUAAUGCACAAACAGUUGUCUCUUUCUUUAACAAUGAAGACAUUGAAUUCCUGUCAGCAUAAGCAGGCAGGGUAUAAAAAUAAAAUCAUUUUAGAAGGCUUCUAAUAAAAAACAAUUCAAAGCUCUUGUGAAGCCAGGAAAUAAAUGCAGCCUGUGAAGAAGCUUGAAAAGCUUGAAGAAUAAAUCCCUGAACUUAAAUGUAAUAUUGUGGGAGGGUGGAACUCUUGUUUCCUCUCCCCAACCCUUCCCCAAAAAUCCUGGAGUGUAAUUUUAAAUUGGCCAAAGGAAUGGAGAGGACCAGAAAAUACAGUAAUUGCUGCAUCACUUUUUUUUUUUUAGUGCAAUGAAGGAAUCUGGAUUUAUUUGUAUUUUUUUAAGCAGCAAAAUGAGAACAGAGCUUCCUCUUUGCAGGGACAUUUACAAUUCUAGGAUGAUUGAUCUUGGUGGGACAUCUUACUAAACACACCAAACUGAGACUCAGAAAGUCUAUUUCUUGGAAUAUGCAUGAUGUGGUCCCAUCAUAUUAUCAAUCCUGCAAGUGUUCUUCAUGUGCAGAUGGGUUUGCAAAUGCGACUUGUAAUAGUUCAGUAGGUAUUAAGGUCCACAUAGUACAAGUCUUGUUUUUGGAAUGAACAAAUUCUAAGUAAUCCUUCUGUGUUAAUGUACCUAAGUAUGACAGUGGCCAUCCCAGUUCUGAUUUCUUUUGACAGUGUAGUUAGGAUAUUACUACAAAAUAAUUUUUAGAUCCAGUUAGGUACAGUCGUUCCAAUUUAUUUGCUGAAACUAUUGGGCACCUCAAAACUGCAAACAAUCUAGUUGAGAUACACUUUCUAACAAAGAAAUGAGAUCCAGGGCAAGAGCUGUUCUCAUUCGAUUGGGAGCCACCCAGAGUGACUGGGGAAACCCAGCCAGAUGAGCUGGAUAUAAAUAAAUUCUUCUCCUUCUUCCUGAAAUUUCUAGGUCCAUAAAAUCUUACCCACAACAUCUUGAUGUGCUGGUUUAAUUAUCCACACAGUUUUAGACUUCAGUAGCCCACUAUGUGGGUUUGAUACAAAUAUAUACCUGUGAGCAAAACAUCUUAAUUUUUUUGGGUCACAGAAGAUUUCCAUUUUCAAAGUGUACCAGCAUAGGUUAGACCAGGGGUAGGCAACCUAAGGUCCGUGGGCUGGAUGCAGCCAAUCACCUUCUCAAUCCGGCCCACGGAUGGUCUGGAAAUCAGCGUGUUUUUACAUGAGUAGAAUGUGUCCUUUUAUUUAAAAUGCAUCUCUGGGUUAUUUGUGGGGCAUAGGAAUUCGUUCGUGUGUUUUUUUCAAAAUAUUGUCCUGCCCACCACAUGGUCUGAGGGAAGGUGGACUGGCCCACGACUGAAAAAGAUUGCUAACCUCUGGGUUAGACUGUGUUCACCUCUUCCCAGAAAUACCUGCUGUCAGGCAUAAAUAUUAGCUGAAACCCUUGUCUUCAUAGAGUUCAAAACCUGUUUAGAUGUGUGUUUCGUGUAUGAUAGAAGUUCCUAACUAAUUUUAAAUUGGUUUAAAAAAUACCUUGUUUUUGUACUGUCUCUGUUCAUAAACAUGACUGCUGCUAUUCCCCAAAGGUCCCUCAUUAUCUGCUCUGCUGCUUACUGUAUUAUUGCGCCUUUAAAUAUCUUCUAGAAAAAAAAUUCACAUUCUAAACUAGUUAUUAGGACCAGCUUAAAGUUCAGUCAGUCAUGUGUUAAUAUUACAACAAUUUCUAAAACGUGCAAGGGGUCAGAGAAGACAAGAAAUUACAGGCUCAUUAGCCUAAAGUCUCUCCCAGGUAAAUGAGUGAAAAGCAUUACAUAGGAACCUAGGAAGUUGCCUUCUAUGAAGUCAGAACAUUGAUCCAUCUAGCUCAGUAUGAUUGCUCUGACCAGCAGCAGCUCUCCAGAAUUUCAGAUAGGGGUUAUUUCCAGCACUACCUGGAUUGAAUCUGGGACCUUCUGUACACAAGGCAAGUACUCCAUCACUGAGCUUUGGUUCUUCCCUGAGCUAUGAGCUGCAAUUAUCAAACAUACAGAAUAAUAAGGUUGAAGAGGAAGAAUAAUAGUCUCUGCAAAGAAAAGGCUUUUCUCACCAUUUUUAAAGUAUUUUCUGAAGGUAGCCCCAAAGUGCAGUGCUACCUUCAUUGGUAUCCUACAGAUGUUUGAAUUACAUCUCUCAUUAGUCUCAACAAACAUCUGCAUGCUGUUUGGGGCUGAUGAGAGUUGUAGUACGAAAUACGCAGAAGGCAUUAGUUGGGAAAGUCUGGUAUAGAUACAAGUAAUUUGGUAAACAUAUAAUUGAAUCGCCGAAAAAACAACAACCAUGUAACGAAGCCUGUCUGUGUCCUUUAAAAAAAAGAUGACACUGGGAAAAUGUUUUGAAGUUUAUAAAAUAGCCAGGGACCACAUUUGAAUGUGACUUAAGCCAUGGUGGUUUAUGGCUUACUUGAACUGGGACUUGGUGUGUAUGAGCAAGUUUGUUUUGCUGCUCUUGGUUCAUGCUUUGACGAAGCAAACCACAAUUCCUGGCUUCAUGUUAUGUUAAUCCAAAGAUCAUGGUUUGUUUAGUUUCCAAUAAACCAUGAUUAGUAUGUUAACAACAUACUUCGGCAACAGAUCAUGUUUUAUUUCCCAAGCACAAAAAAAGGACGGGAUCAGACUUGUACAGUAAGCCAUGGGGCAUGCCCAUGGUGAGACAGAAUUAGUUUUCAUAGCACUAAAACUUUUGGUCAACCAAUGAAAUUGAUUGGCAGUAGAUUUAGUGCAUACAAUAGGAAAUGUUGUUUCAUAAAAUGCAUAUUUAACAUAACAGAUUAGUUAACAUUGACAAAAAUAUAAUAACAGAGCAGGUUUAUACAAAAUUGUGUUUUCUUAAUCUAAACUCAGAUGCGGAUGGUGCCAUGGUCUAAACCACUGAGCCUCUUGGGCUUGCCGAUCAGAAGGUUGGCAGUUCGAAUCCCCGUGACGGAGUGAGCUCCCGUUGCUCUGUCCCAGCUCCUGCCCACCUAGCAGUUCAAAAGCACGCCAAAAAGUGCAAGUAGAUAAAUAGGUACCGCUCCAGCGGGAAGGUAAACAGUGUUUCUGUGUGCUGCUCUGGUUUCACCAGAAGCGGUUUAGUCAUGCUGGCCACAUGACCCAGAAAAACUGUCUGCAGACAAACGCCGGCUCCCUCGGCCUAUAAAGCGAGAUGAGUGCCGCAACCCCAGAGUCAUUCACGACUAGACCUAACUGUCCAGGGAUCCUUUACCUUUACUUUUACCUUUUUAAUCUAAACUCCAGGAGUGAAAAUGGGCAGAUAAUAGCAUUAGGCUGGUUUGGUUGCUUAUGUUGUUUUGUGGUGGUAUUCAAAUUCUGAGUUGCCCAAUGGUAUUUUAUUUGGCAUCAUCUCCUGGUGAUGGUGAUAUUGCCAAUGAAGAUUCGUAUGAGGGAGUUGCCUUUAACUUGUUAGUUGGAUUUUUCAAGAAUUACUGUUAAAGGAUUGUUGCCAGAAUUUAUUGGGUGAAUCCUUUGAUUCUGAUACCACAAGUAUUUCCUCUUUGAAUGAAGAGUUGAAAAGAUCAAGCACAGAAUUUUCAAAAGGAACAAAGAGCCAAAUAAAAUCACUCUCAUUGCCAGUAAUUAUUUCAUAUCUAUCAGGCGUCUCUCGGAGACUAGAUGCUUCUAAUCUUAAAUGCCUAGACAAAUGCCUGCCUGCAGACUGGUAAUGUAAAUCAUAUUUACUUUGCUUCAGCAAUUGUUUUAAACUAACAGACCUCUUUCCUGCUCUAACUGGAGGUCUGUAUCCUUUGUUGCAUCCUAUGUACACUGGAAACAGUAAAAUAAAUGAAUGACUAUUAAAUGAACUUUAAGACAUUAUUUUGUUUACUCUUCAUAUCUUGUAGUUUUCUUUUGGUUUUUCUGGUGGUGACUUUUGGAUUCCUUUUAUUUUCCUCACUCUUAAUUUCUUUUUAUUGAGAAUGCCAGACAGUGGUUGUUUACUCCCCAGUCAUAAGUACAGUGAUUUGAGAAUAAGCCACAUUUAUGUAAGUAGAAUUACCACUUGAGGCUUACGACUGAAAUAUAUUUGUGAGUCAGUUGCUUUUUAACAGUAAUAAUAUUAUCAGUUACAGUGCCAUUUCCCCCUUAGAACGCUAAAUACAUGUUUUGUAGUCGUUCUUGCAGUAUUGAAAAAUCUGCCUUGGUUGAAACUUCACUUCUUCAAGAUGUGAGAAAAACUAGGACUGUUGACUCAUGAAAAUGUUUUCCUUGCUAACAUUGCCUUUGGAUAAGGCUGCAUCUGGCUGUUACACUAAGCCAUAGUUAAGCUCAGAGAUCUUCAAGCUCACAUUUUCUCCGAAGUGUACAGAAGUAGGAUGUUGGAAGCAUUUGUUUCUGUUUUUGCUUAAACAUGAUUUGUUACUUCAUGUGCAUUGAUAAACUGGUUACUCUUAUCUGAAACAAGGUUUUAGGUCAUGUUAAUAUUUAUCUUGGUUUAUCAGCUUAAACAGAAUGAUAAACAGUUAAGCAGAAGCCAAAACUUCCAAACCGUUCCCUCUAACUGCGUGGAAGGUGAGGGGAGUGCAUGACCUAAGCUCAUUUAUGUCACUACUAUGUCAUGACCUAAAUGCUGAAGGUUUUUCUGAAUUGCAUAACUAAGGGCUAUUACAUUACGUAUACACUUAAUUAAUAGACAUAAAUGAAUGCUGUUUAAAAAUUAUGCUUUCAUAUACAUUCCGCUCGUAACAGCCGAAAUAACAGAUUUUUAAAUACAUAUUGAAAGAGAGAGAACGAGAGAGAGAGGGAACAUAUUACCAUAUUUAAGAAUGUAAAGAAGAAAAUACAUUAUUGAAGUGAGAUGUGAGAGACCAUGAUUUACAGAUCCCAUUUGCUGUUUCUUUUCUUUGUAAUUGCAUGUACUCAUUUACUGUUUAGAUGGUUAGCAGUAAAAAAGAAAUUACAGGCUCUUUAAAAAACAAAAACUGGUCAAGGUCCAUUGGUCCAUCGGUUACAUUUGUAUUUGAAGGUUCAUAUUCUAGAAUGUUUUGAACCAUUCUCUUUGCUAAGUUAUCGUCAGUUGGUGAAACAGCUGAAUGGCAGCUGUGUAGACGUGGCUGGAUGAUUGUUAUGUGAAAUUGUUAUGGAAGAUUUACCAUCAAUCAGUUUUAGUAUUUCUCUGUAGAAUUAAACUGUAGUGUUUAUCACAGCAGUAGAUAUGAGUGUAAACAGAUACUGAUUUUAUUUUUCACUCAGUUUGCUGCUUGAGCAAAAUCAGUGUACAAAGCCUGCUCCAGAACCCUUUAUCUGACUCAUAAAAAUUUGAUGGCUGUGUUUUGAGCUACUUCUUGAAGGCAUAUUUGUUGUGAUUUUCUUGGUAGACCUUUGUGCCCAGUGACAACCUACCUGUGGUCAAAGUAAUGUAGAAAGUACUGGAUGCUUCAUAAACAGGCAUUUAUUCAAGAGGCUGGAGAAUAAUAUCUUUUUUAAAAACAAAACCCUGUGAACAUAGAGAAACCUUUAUUUCUGUCCUAUAGGCAUUAUUGUUCACUAAAUAUAUAUACCACCAUCCUAAGAUCACAGAAUGGUUUACAACAUAAAAACACAAAACAUAAUAAUAAAUACCCCUGACACAUUUAAAAGGCCAUAGAUUCUUUAGCAGUCAAAGUCCUCAUUGAAGAUGUUUUCACCUGGCAACCAACUGUGCAAUGAAGACACCAGGCAAACAUUCCUGGGAAGAGCAUUCCACAAACGGGGACAAUUGCUCCCCUUGUUGCUACCCUCUGAAGUGCUCGGGGGAGUGGGGACACAAAUAAGGGCUCAGAUGAUUAUAGGGUCUGGGUCAGUUCAUAUGGGGAGAGGGUGGUACUUGUAGUUAUUGCAGUCCUGAGCCAUUUAAGACUUUAUAAGUCAGAACCAGCACUUUGAAUUGGGCCUGGUGUAGUCAAACCAGGAUUGGUGUUAUAUGGCCACCACAUUCUGUACCAGCUUAAGUUUCUGAACUGAAGCAGAGCAUAGAAGUUAGGCUUUCACUUUCCAGGUAGGGGCACAGCUGAGUCAGCAACCAAGGUUGAUGGAAUGCACUCCAUGCCACUGAGGCUACCUGAGCCUCAAGUGACAGGAAAAAGACCCAGAAAUGCCCUAAGCUACAUAACUGCUCCUUCAGAGGCAGUUUAACCCCAUCUAGAGCAGGCCACCUUCUGGUCUAGGGAACCACCCCCUAACUGUGCUGGAUUGAGUUUCAGCUUAUUGGCUUUCAUCCAGUCCAUUACUGAGGCAAGACAGGGGUCCUGCAUAUCCACUGUCACACCUGCAAAUGUAAAGGAGAAGCAUAGCUGUGUUACCAUGUAGUCCCAAACCUGGGAUGACCCUACUGACUAGUUUCAUGUAGAUGUUAAACAGCAUAGAAUAUAAAAUUGAACCUUAAGGCCCACCACCCCUGCCUUGAAGGCUCCAUGAUCCUGAACAACACUCCCCAAGCAUCCAAUCCAAGUAGGACUCGAACCACCACAAUUCACACUCCCUGACCCUCAAGUCUGCACUGAUGCUGCCCUGAGUACCUAAGUGGGCAUAUCUGGGUGAAACCAACCCCACUUUUCACACCCACCUAGGUCUCCGUAAUACAGACCUGAUCAGUCUCAUUGUCCACAAUCACAUCAUGGUUGAGGGAGAUUUUAUUUAGAGUCUUCCUGGCAUUCAACAGUAGCAGCUUUAGACUUAAGGGCUGGCUGAUAGGGCAAGCACAGUUCCCCAGGUUGUGGGGUGUGCGUGCUGGCACAUAGCACAGCCACUAACUGCUUGUGCCGUGUCUGCCCCACCACACACACCAAGCUUCCCCUGUGAUUGGGGCUCCUCCUACUCUCCCCAGCUCCUCUCCUCCCACACACAUCAUUUCUUCCCUCCAAAAGCAAAACACAUUAAGAAACAGUAAAAACAAUUAGGAUGAUGUUAAGCAGGUAGCCCUUGCCCUUGAUCUCCCCAUGAAGUUGCUCUCCCCAAGGGGAUGACUCCCAUUUGGUUUCAGCCCCUUCUGGGGUGCCAAUUCCCGCAUCAGCCCUGGGCUUUAUAUAGUCCCCAUUCCCCUGGUAGGUUGAGCCCAGGUGGGCUGUCAAUAAGUCAGCAGUGGGAGAAGCAGGGCAACUUCUAUCUCUGCCAGCCAAAAGUGGGAAAAGGCUGGCUUCCUCAAGAGCAAGAAUUCAAGCGGGUGUGGAGGAGGGCCAGGUUGAAAACUCCCCUUCACCACUGAUUGGAGUUGCUGCCUCAGUGGGUGAGUUAUAGGACCAAGGUAUUACUGUAUUUGUUUAUCCGUUAUCCUGUCUUUAGCAUCAAUUUUCAGUAUAAUGUAUUACUGAGUUACAAAAUUUUGAAUAUUCUACCACACAAUCAAAAUAAUAAAUUUUCAGUAGGUGAACUUUGUGGGAACUAAGAUGCUUAAAAAAUCCAUUUCAUUUGUUUUAGCUUGCAGCUUUGCCGUAAUCUGUCUGAAAAUGUAACUUUCAGAGGUAAGUAAAUACAUUUAAGGCUUUUUUAUUAAAAAAUAAUGAAAUUAAUCUUACACAUUAACUAGGAUAGCUAUUUAUAGAGGUCAGGAUCUAGAAACUUUCAAAACCAGUUGUGUGCCUUCAAACUAGUUUUAAACAUGAUUUUUGUAUAGCAGCCAUUCCACACCACAUAGCUAACUACUUUUCAAAUGAACAUAUUAAAAACAUUUUAACAUAUGCAUGGGAAAGUUUAUUCAAAGAAGAAAGUAUAUACAGUCCAAAUAGUUGCAUGCCAGCCCUUGGACUGUCUGAGAUAGUAAUCACUCAUCCCAGACUACUGUUAAAAGGACAAACUUUAUCAUGAAUAAAAGAGGGGAUGCUGGGGCAAUACUUUGUCCCUAUACUUUACUCAGGAGGUACUCAGUAGUGCUGUGGGUUCUAUCGUGGAGAAGAGACUUUAUAUUCAAAUAAACCUGAGGUAUGCCUACUUAAUUUGCUUCUUCCUAUGGUAGAAGGAAGUAGGAUACAGCUAAUAAGUGUGAGGAGCUUCCUUCACUCCUCCAGAAGUGUAUUGAGGAUAAAGUAACAGUGCAAAAGGUUCAAAAUGAGUUAAAUUAAACUUAUCCAUUAGUACUGUGAGCAGAUCACAGUUCUUUGCACUUUUUUUUUAAGCGAUGUUUUCUUGUUGCAAUAGUAACUGUGAUAAACUUGAAAAGAGAUAAUUGAGUGUGUAAUAGAUAACAUUUGUUUACUUUUGGAUCAGAGCUCUUGCACAGUCAUUUGGAACAUUCCCUUUUGCAAGCCUUCUUGAAACUAAUAGGAACUGUGCAACAGCACUUCUCUGAUACCUAUAUAUUAGACUUUUUUCACCUUUUAUCAAAAACCUGUCUUGAAAUAAUUUUUGGCAAAAACAGGUUUUGCCAAAAAAAGAAUUGGAUUGAAAUCUAUCUUGGUAAUGUUCAGCCAUAAUUAGAACAUAAUUGGAAAUAACAAAAUGAAUUAUGUGAAAUUAUUGUAUAGGAAUGCUAUAAAAUACCCUCACCAGAGAUCAAAAUUACGUAAUUCAGUGCAACUCCCCCCCCCCCCCCAAUGUCUUGCAGGUAUCCAGCAGGCUUUAUAUGAGCUUGCAUACCAUGUUGUCAAGGGAAACCUAAAGCACGAUCAAGCUUCCAGUGUUUUUAAUGAUGUAAUAGUAAGUAUAUUUUUGUGGUACCUGUUACCAAAACUUCUUGCUUAGCCUUCUUAGUUCAACGCUGUUUUAAAUUUCCAAAUGAAACUGAACAAGUUGGAGAAUGGUUUUCUGCCACAAUUCUUUUCCUUGUGCCAGAAUGUUCUAAGUAGGAGGUUUGAAUGUCAGGCUGUCUACUAAUAACAAAAUCUGUUUCUGAUUCAUUUUGAUGUAAUUAUACUAUUUACCGUAUACACUCGAGUAUAAGUAUAUUUUUAUGCUGAAAAAGCCCCCCUCAGCUUAUACUCGAGUGAGGCGGGCAGCGGAGGGACGAGUCGCCCAAAAGGAGCCCUUUCUUGCUGCUGGUCCCACUGCCGCCCACCUCUUGCAAGUGCAGGCACAGGAGCUGCAGUUGGGAUAGCGCAGCGCCGACGGCAGCAGCAUAGGUAGGCAGGGGGAGGGGAGGGGCUGGGCGAGAGAGGGGAAGAAAGAGAGGCCCCUCUGCCGCAUGUGCAUGGUCCGGUCCGCCACAAGGUCUGGGGGAUGGUGAACCAGAACAAAGUUUGCUGACCCCGGUCUAAAACGACUAAGGGCACAGUUGAGCCAAGCUAAUUCAGCCCAUGUUUAAAUGCUAUUGAUGUCUACGGGAUGAACACUUGUUCAUACUUAACUUCUCCACUGAAAUCAGUGGGAUUUCAGAAAAUAUAAUUUAACCAGUUUCAUGCCCUACAUUUGAGUUUGAGGGUGAAGGGGAUUUCACCUUGUGCUUUAAAUGGUGUUUCUUGGGACUGCUGUAGUCACUGUUCUUAAAUAGUCUGUGUUUUAUAAUAGCUUAUAGCUGAUGACCUCUGGAUUAUACUGCAGAGGCAGUUUGCCAUUGCUCUUUGGAUAAAAACCAAAAACAUGUGAGACUUAACAGUUGUAUCUGUUUUCCUUAGCUGUUGGGGAGACACUGUGAUGUAUACAGUUAAAACAUAUUUACUGUACUCAUCAAACGCUUUUCUUUUAAUAGGAAUUUCGUGAUGACAUGCCUUCCAUUCUGGCAGAUGUAUUUUGUAUUUUAGGUAAGUCCACCCCUCCUUUACCUUCAGAAGCACUGUCACAUUUAGUAUGUAGCACCCAGGUCACCAUGAAGGGAUGAGGUUAACUUCUCUUGAAAUAAUCACUUCUUCUAAUAGCAAGCUCAGGUGCUUAGUGCUGAUGACUGUGUAGCCGAAACAGGAGUAUUCAGAUGCAAGAGGGACUAUCAUUAUGCUUGGAGAAACCUCAAGGUUUGCGGGAGUAUAGUAAACGGGGUGGGGUGGGGAGAACUCACCCACACAAGUCCAAUGAGGACCGAGUAUGAUCAGUGAUUAUGGAACGCUGCAUGUCUAUUGAUGAGUGAGAGUGCAGUAGGGGAGAGAUGCAAAAUCAAAGUGUCCUAAAAGAGAACAGGUCUGGCUGGAAAUUUGAACAGGACAACUUUACAUUGUUGUGUUUGUGGCAAGUUUUUUGUUGUUCAAACUGUUUUUUAACCAGUUUCUUAAAACACGCUACUUUAAUUUGGUUUAGCAGAUAUUGAAAAGAAAUUUGCUACCCAUGCAUUAUGCUUAGAUAAGUAUUUUACACAGAAAAGCAGUCCAAAAAUCACAUAUGUUAGCUUACAUUGUUGCUUGUACAGUGGUACCUCUGGUUACGAACUUACUUCGUUCUGGAGGUCCGUUCUUAAGCUGAAACCAUUCUUAUCCCGAGACGCGGUUUUUCUAAUGGGGCCUCCCGCUGUGCGCGCGCCUCCGGCGUGUUAUUUCCAUUCACAUCCUGGGGCAAAGUUUGCAACCAGGAGCAGCUACUUCUGGGUUAGCAGAGUUUGUAACCUGAAGCAUUUGUAACCAGAGGUACCAUUGUACAUGUAAAGCAAGUUUCUGCAGCAACAUCUGAGUACUGUAUAUGCUUAUGCUAAUAGAAUAAAUUGCCUAUCCAAAAGCAUAAAUUCCUAGCUACUAUAAAAUUAGAGGAUGAUGAUCCACUGACCAAACAAUUGUUGAGGUUUAAUGUGACUAUCUUGGACCAUUCUAUCUUAGUGAUUUCUAAAGCUUGGUUAUUAUUCAGCAAUGAACACAUUGUAUUCUAUAUCCGAGUAAAUAAAUAAUAAAUGAAAUUAGUUAUAUUCUAAGUUUGGUGCCAUUAUUAUUUACAGUUUUGAUGCCUUAAAGGUUUUCAAAGCAAGUUCAUGGGAAAUAGUUUCCUAUUCCUAUUUUCAAAUUUAAUCUAAUUAAUGUAUUAACUGUUGCUUACGAAAAAUGAUUCCGAUUAGAAAUAUGAAAAAGGAGAAAAAACUAAAAAAAUUAUUAAAAGGAAGGCAUGUGUAUGAGAAAUAAAAUAGUCCUAGACUUUUGCAACCUUGGCAGUUUUUGUUUUAACUGCUGAUAGAUUCUCUUUAUAGGCAUAGAUGUUUGCUAGUUGUGUUAAAACAUUGCAGGAGAGAGAAAAUAUGAUACAAAUCUAGAUGUAGGCGGAUUGUAAAUCAUGUCUGAAAUUAUUUCUCUCUUAUCAAGGCCUGAGCUAAAUAAUGAUUAGAUUUGUGAUUUGGUCACAAUUGUGAUUAGAUCUGUGAAUAGACAAGAGUGUUAGUAUCAUUAGACUGCAGUUGGCAAACCUGUGCACACUUACAUAGGACAGCCUUAUUGAAUGCAGUGAUGUUUUCUUCUCAAGAAGCAUGCACAAGAUUGCACUACAGUCAUACCUCGGGUUGUGAACGCUGUGGGUUGCGCAUUUUUGGGUUACGGACUGCGCCGAACCCGGAAGUACCGAAACAGGUUACUUCUGGGUUUCGGCUCUCGCGCAUGCACAAAAGCACUAAAUCAUGCUUUGCGCAGAAGCGCCAAAUUGCGUUGCAUGCGCAGGCGAGGUGCUGCAGGUUGCGAACAUGCCUCCCUCACGGAUUACGUUCGCAACCAGAGGUAUGACUGUAUUAAGUAAUUCUGGGCUUUAUUUAAAAUAAAACUACAGGAAAUAGCAUUCUAAUUUAAGCUUGGGGAAUGAGAUAAUUUUAUAUUUAAUAAUAAACCUCUAAUAUCAAUCCUUAUUACUGGAAUAGUCAACUAUUCCUAUGAGCCAGCUAUACCUAUCAAACAACUACUCCGGAAACACUGAAUUCUGGGGUAGUUGUUUGAUAGGUGUAUUUUCAGGAUAUUUUCUGAAAUGAAAAAUCACAGAACAGAAGACUCAGAAAUCAGGCAAAUAUUGUUGAUACGUUAUGCCAAUUCCUCUCCUGUGUUGUUUUUUAAGACAUUGAAACUAGUUGCUUAGAAGAAAAAAGCAAGAGGGAUCAGUUCAUGCAGUUGGUGUCAGCAUGUUUGGUAAGUUAUGCUUCUGUAUAUUUUUUGCUUUAAAAAAAAGGAAAAUGUUGAGUUUUAGGUGGCGACGUUAAAAUUUCUAUGCAAGGUAUAAUUAGAUUGCUGACCCCUACAUUUUAGCUACAUUUUCGUUAUCCAGAUUUGAUGCAUUUAUAUGAGACAGGCCAUUUGUGAAAAGAUGAGUUAGUCUCCAGUUUAUUUUGCUGCCCUCUUGUGGAAUAUAUACAGUUCUGCACACAUGAAAUAUAGAAUUCCCCCCCUUGAGACUUAGGCUUAGUUCUCAGUUCACUGCUAAACCUGUGUCUGAGCUGCGCCUCUUUAGGUUGUAAGUGGGGUUCCAAGUGACUGAAUGUUUCUCUCUGUCGUCUCUCUCUCUCAGAAGUACCAUGUUAUAGAGAGAAAUCUAGAUUAGAAAACACCUCCCAUUUUCUUGCUAGGAAGGCUUUUUUGUACCAAGAAACGUUCAGUCGCAUGAGCACAGCCUGAAGCAGUACAGCUGCAUGUACAGGUUUUUCACCAGGCCUGAAUCUUCAUGUCUUUAAUUUGAAUUAUUUUUGUUUUCAUUGUAAGAUAACCAAAGGUCAGAUGCUGCAGUAGAUAAUGUCUAUUGUGCUCUUUUUCCACUCAGUACUUGGUUUCAGAUACUAUACUAAAAGAACGUCUGGACCCAGAAACAUUAGAAUCAUUAGGGCUCAUCAAGCAAUCUCAGCAGUUUAAUCAGAAAUCUGUGAAAAUCAAGACAAAACUUUUGUAAGUACAAAACUAAGUUCCAGUUGAGUGUAUGUCUCAGCAGCAAUCCAAAGUUGUAUUUGUGGUUUGUUCCUGAAUGUAGUUUGUUGGAGAGAAACAAACCCUGGUUCAGACACGAAGUCUGCUGCUCCUUCAUGUUUUGUUUCACUGCAUAUAAUAAUAAUGUAACAAUAAUAUAACAACAACAAUGAAAUACAAUGUUAAGCUGCAUGCAUCAACUUGUAGCUUUAGCCCAGCAUGCUGAAUGUGGCUGCUGAGAAAGGCUAUUAGCCUAAAUGCUUCAAGUAUUUGGCUAAAAUGCAGCCAGAGAGACACAUACAGUAGUAUAUCAUGCUCAAGAUGAAAUAUCUGAAAUUUUCAGAUAUUUGAAGAACUUAAUUUCCUGAUCUCGCAGUGCAAAAACCUGGUGCCCAUGUACAAUAUUACAAACAGAGAACCAUUUAACAUUAAUUACAAAAUAAAAAGUGAAACUUAUUUUUGAAACAGGGCAAGGUAUUCCUACAGUCAUGAGAUACAUCCAUGUCAAAGAUGACAAAAGAUUUUGAUCCAAAAUUUUGUGUAUGAUGUUACACACACGCGCGCGCGCACACCCCCCCCCCCAGUGCUUUGCACUCUCCCACAAACACCACACAGAAAGCCACUACUUGAAGACUGGUGAACCUCUCUAUACAGUAUAAGCAUUUAAUAGAUGCAAAAUGCAGCUGGAAGAAGCAGUUUGCAACUUCUAUCUGCAUAGAGUAUUUUCAAUGAGCUCCAGGUAUGUACAGUGAGGGGGAAAAGUAUUUGAUCCCCUGCUAAAUUUGCCCGUUUGCCCUCUGACGAAGAAAUGACCAGUCCAUAAUUUUAAUGGUAGGUUUAUUGUAGCUGUGAGAGACAGAAUUAACAACAGGAAACCCCCCCGAAACUCAUAAAACAAAAGUCAGAGAUUGAUGUGCAUUAUAAUGAGUGAAAUAAGUAUUUGAUCACUUUGCAAAAGAUGACUUAGUACUUGGUGGCAAAACCCUUGUUGGCAAUUAUAGAGACCAGACGUUUCUUGUAGGUGGCCACCAGGUUUGCACACAUCUCAGGAGGUAUUUUGUCCCACUCCUCUUUGCAGAUCCUUUCCAAGUCAGUAGGAUUUCGAGGCUGAUGUGUAGCUACUCGAACCUUCAGCUCCCUCCACAGAUUUUCGAUGGGAUUAAGAUCUGGAGAAUGGCUAGGCCACUCCAGGACCUUAAUGUGCUUCUUGAGCCACUCCUUUGUUGCCUUGGCCGUGUGUUUUGGGUCAUUGUUAUGCUGGAAUACCCAUCCUCGACCCAUUUUCAGUGCCCUGACUGAGGGAAGGAGGUGCUCACCCAAGAUUUGAUGAUACAUGGUCCCGUCCAUUGUUCCUUCGAUUCAGUGAAGGUGUCCUGUCCCCUUAGCAGAAAAACACCCCCAAAGCAUAAUAUGUCCCCCUCCAUGUCUGAUGGUGGGGAUGGUGUUCUUGGGGCCGUAGGCAGCAUUCCUCCUCCUCCAAACACGGCGAGUUGAGUUGAUGGCAAAGAGCUCGAUUUUGGUCUCAUCUGACCAAUGUUCUCCUCUGGGUCAUUCAAAUGUGCAUUGGCAAACUGCAGACGGGCAUGUACAUGUGCUGUCUUGAGCAAGGGGACCUUGUAGGCUCUGCAAGAUAUCAGUCCUUCACGGCGUAGUGUGUUACCAACUGUUUUCAUGGUGACUAUGGUCCCAGCUGCCCUGAGAUCAUUGACAAGUUCCCCUCGUGUAGUUCUGGGCUGCUUCAUCACCGUUCUCCUGAUCAUUGCAACUCCACGAGAUGAGAUCUUGCACGGAGCCCCAGACCGAGGGAGGUUGACAGUUAUUUUGUGUUUCUUCCAUUUGCGAAUUAUUGCACCAACUGUUGUCACCUUCUCACCAAGCUGCUUGGCAAUACAGUGGUACCUCAGGUUAAGAACUUAAUUCGUUCUGGAGGUCCGUUCUUAACCUGAAACUGUUCUUAACCUGAAGCACCACUUUAGCUAAUGGGGCCUCCCGCUGCUGCCGUGCCGCUGCUGCACGAUUUCUGUUCUCAUCCUGAAGCAAAGUUCUUAACCCGAGGUACUAUUUCUGGGUUAGCGGAGUCUGUAACCUGAAGCGUAUAUAACCUGAGGUACCACUGUAGUCUUGUAGCCCAGUCCAGCCUUGUGCAGGUGUGCAAUCCUGUCCCUGACACCCUUGGGCAGCUCUUUGGUCUUGGUCAUGGUGGCUACUUUGGAAUCUGCUGGAUUGAUUGCUUCUGUCGACAGGUGUCUUUUGUACAGAUACUGAAAUGAGCUGGGAUUACAGGUAAGACCUCUCCCUUACAGCAGGUGCUUCUAAUCUCAGCUCGUUACAUACAGUGAAGAUACAGGUAGCCUGACAUCUGGCUGGUUGAUAGGGGAUCAAAUACUUAUUUCACUCAUUCUAAUGCACAUCAAUUUCUGACUUAGGUCUUCUGGGGGUUUUCCUGUUGUUGUUCUGUCUCUCACAUCUACAGUAAACCUACCAUUAAAGUUAUGGACUGGUCAUUUCUUCGUCAGAGGGCAAAUGGGCAAAUUUAGCAGGGGAUCAAAUACUCCCCUCCCCCUCACUGUAAGCAGCUUGUAUCAGCAUGUAGCUUGUACGCAGUAGAGUUAAAUCAAGAGUGGGAACCUUGUGCCCUCCAGAUGUUGCUGAGCUACAACUCCCAUCAGCCCUAGCAAGCAUGGCCAAGGGCCAGAGAUGAUGAGAGUUGUAGUUCAGCAAACAUCUGAAGGGCCAAAGGUUCUCCAUACCUGGGUUAAAUAGACCAUAUAAAUGAGUUCUUAAAUUGAAUUCAAUUUCACAUCUAUGGAACCGUAAUAUGAAAACCUAGAGAAAUAAAUGCAGAUAUGAUCAGUUCAGUAUUACUGUAAGGACGGCUUUAAUUUAAAAAUGUCAACAUGUUAUUUUUGUUCUUUAUUCUUUCUGUAGUUAUAAACAACAGAAAUUCAAUUUAUUAAGAGAAGAGAAUGAAGGUUAUGCGAAACUGAUUGCUGAACUGGGCCAAGAUUUAUCUGGCAAUAUCACUAGUGAACUGAUCUUAGAAAAUAUCAAAUCUUUAAUAGGUAAGGCAAAUACACUGGCAUGUUUGACAUUUUUCCUGGAUAGCUAUGAUAUGUUUUGGAUUUAACCCAAUGCUAAUUUUAAUUUAUAAACACUUGCUCCCCCCAAAAAAGAAUGUUGCCGGGUUUUGAACAUUCAGCCCAACUGAAAUUUUGGCCGUGUCUCUAUAGUUUCUAAGUGUGGUAUCUGACCUAAGUCACACUCCGAAUAGACCCGCUGUAACUUAAGUUAGUCAGAAACAACCCUUAAUUCUUAUAUCUAGUCCUGUAAAGACAUAGGGCAAAUUCCAUAUUCCUGUAAAUGUACUGAUGUUAGUGUGCCUAAUUAUGAAAUACAGUUAAUAGAUUUCUGUUUAGAAUUGAUAGAAAACAUUUUCUGAUACAGCUAAAAGGGUUGUUUUAGUUGCCUUAGGCAGUGAUAACUUUUUAAAUCUCCUUUUUUUUGUAGGGUGCUUCAACCUUGAUCCCAAUAGAGUGUUGGAUAUUAUUUUAGAAGUCUAUGAAUGCAGGCCAGAGUAUGAUGAAUUCUUUGUACCUUUGAUAGAAUCUUACAUGUACAUGUGUGAACCUCAAACACUCUGCCAUAUCCUUGGAUUCAAAUUCAAGUUUUAUCAGGUAAUGCAGGUAUUAGUGGUCUAAAAUUCAUUGGUAUUAGUGUGUUUUUCAGUUACCUGAUGCUUAUUUUCUUAAUAUGAAACAUUAGUCGAAAUAAUUUUGUGUUGGAUCCAGUUAGUUGUACUUAAGCCUCAUUGAGUUGACUGUGAAAAGGUAAACAUGGCUAACAUUUUGUUUACUUGGACCUAAGGUUUUAAUGAGCCUCAUAGCCUUAAAUGUUCAUGCUUCUUAAUGAGCUACUAUGCAGAUCAGUUUAUAAAUACCCUUUGUGUUUUCCACUCCUUCAAAUUGUUUUAUGCUGUUCUUGUCUUUAAACAGUACAAAAAUACAUUUAAAAAUGCUUAUUUUAGGAUAAAAUGUUUUGAAAAUUUGUACAUUGAGAUAAAUUUAAUACGUAUUUAAUGGAGUGUUUUUGCAUUAAGAUUGCAAAUCAGUGCUGAAUAGUUUUAAGCAUCAAACCAUGUGAAAUUGGCACAGAGGACAUCAUACCGUGUAUUCUCUUAUCUAAUUCCCACCCCAACCUACAAUAUGUUUGGAAGUGCCAAAAGGGAGAUGAAGCAAACUCCUCCCUCCCCAGUGUUGGCAUUGCUAGGAUUUGAGUGCUUUGUACUUGGGAGAUGAGCUCAUCUUUCUCCCGUGGUCAAGGUUGUUUAUCUUCUGAGCCUGGCAAGUCCCUGUGAUAGCUGAUCCUUAUCUCCUUCACAAUACCAUUUUGCCUCUGAAGCCAGUUUCUGGCUCAAGCAGAGGGGCAUCUGUCACCAUAACUGGCUCUACGGAGGAGAUGAAAAACGUGGGUAUACGGAGAGCUGAACGUAAUCUUCUUUGUUGUGUUCUUCCCCUCUUGUGAUCCCCCCUCCAAUGGAUCUAAGUUUUUUGCAGUCACAGUAGGCUAAUUUGAGAGAAACUUCAUAUUAUAGAUGUUAUUACAGAAAAUUAAGGAAAAUUGAACUGCCAGAAGAUUAAGCACUUAGACUUUUUUUAAAAGCAGUGGUAAUAUAACAACUGAUUCAUUGCACGCCUGUGCAAGUUCUUGCAUGGAGAUGCCUUCUCUGUUAAACCUCCACCCUCUUUACCUUUGUAUUAAAAUGGAGGACCCUCUAAUGUUCUGUAACACUCUGAACUGCCUUUCUAAAGUUAGCCUUUUCUUUUUAGGAGCCAAAUGGAGAGACACCUGUUUCUUUGUAUAGAGUUGCUGCAGUACUUUUGCAAAGCAAUCUGAUAGAUUUGGAAGACCUUUAUGUCCAUGUAAGUUAUUUUUCUUGAAGUGAAAACUGCUCAUAUGAAUUAUUUUUAUUGAGAUUGUUACUUGUGGCUUACAGAAACAACAACAACAGUAUCUCAUUGCUAAUUUCUGUGCACAUUUGCAUUCUGGACUGUUCAUAUAGUUGGUUAUGGUAAGUUUAUCUCAGUGUCUUAUCUCAGGAGAAAACUAGGAUCUUGUAUGUUUGUCUUCCCCAUUGUAGAAGAUAAGGCAAGCAUUGAUUUCAGGGAUGUUGUUUGGUAGUUGCCAAAAACAAAUUUCUCUAAGGGCACAUCUCAAACAUCAUCUCUCUAUACUUUUUCUAUUGACUUCAGUGGAUAUAAUGUGCAAUAGAAGCUAAAUGUUAUUAUCUUAUUUUUUAUAAGCAUUUUGUUUAAAUUCCUAUUUUUUUUACUACCUAAUGUGAGUUCUUAUACUUAAGUUUUUCCAAAGUUUUUUUUUAAAUGGAUAGGUCUUGGGGAAAGAUUAAGAGAGGUUUUGAAGUUUUGUUAAGAAAACCUGCCAUAAAGUCUAUGAUAUGUGUGAAACACUUUGAUUUGCUACAUAAUUUAGAUUUUAAGUAACAAAUGGUAAAGCUGAUUAUGAUUUCUCACACUAAAAAUUAUUUUUUUUAAUCUUUUUUUUGUAAAUAAUUAUGAUUCUAAUAUAAUUUAUGCUUUGUAUCAAAGUGCCCCAUCCAGUGUAUCAAAGUGCCCCGUAGGUGGGGCAGAAUGAUACAAAAUCCCUUUUUUUUUUUAAACUCAAGAUAUUAUAUUCUCAUUAUCUUCUAACUUUAAUGGUUCUUUUGAUUGCUAUUAUAAUAUUGAUUAGUUAUGCCAUGCAUAAAACAAAAAAAAAAUAUUACUUGACUCAUUUCUGUUACAUAAAAUAUGAGAUUGAAUUUUUCUGCAUCAAUCUGCCCCGCCUCACCCUAAAUAAAAAAACUCAACUCCCAUUUAAAUAAAAAAAUCUGAUUAAAUUUUUUUUUAAAUAAAACCAUUGAUUUUUAUCCACCCUGGCUUAAACUGGUUUCUGGCUUGGAAAUAAUGAGAAACUGACACUAAUAAACCAUAUAUGUACUUGAAAGUGGGCACGUGUGGGGGGAGGGGUAAGGAUGUAGGCCAGAGACACAGUACUUGUUCUCAAUCUCGUAAUCUUCAGCUCCGGUAUUUCAAGUAUCUGUUUUGUGGAGUUUUACUGAGGAUUACAGUAGGCGUCUUUAUUCACAAUAAAGUAAAACACCUUUAAUUAUAAGAAUCUCCAAAUUGUCUCUUUAGCUACUUCCAGCAGACAACACUAUUAUUGAAGAACAUAAACGAGAAAUUGGAGAAGCCAAACUAAUUGUGAGGAAGCUCACAGUGGUUGUAUUGUCUUCCGAAAAGACUGAAGAGAAAGAGAAGGAAAAGGAAAAGGAAGAGGAGAAAACAGAAAAAGUAAGUUCUAAGGAUAUUUAGAGUUGUAAAUCUAGCACAGAUAUCCAGACAUCUCAGUUGAGCAGAACUUUAGUUAAAUAGCACAUUUUUUGCAGUUACAGAAAUCUAUUUUGCUGAGAGAUGGGGGGGAUAUGCAGCUGUUGAAAAACAACAGCACUUGUAACUAAUUCAGAGCUCUUGGACAAAUCUGUUAAGCUGUGUUCCCAUUAAACCCAAACUCUGUGAUUAGAAUGAACAGUUCAAAUUCAGUAUUUAUAUCUGUUUAUCUGUUUUCUAUAUUCAUCUUUUUUUUAAAAAAAGAUGCUUUCUAAAGAGACUGUGUGGCGUGGCAUAUAUUUUGCAUGCAGAAUGACAAAAGUCAAAUUUCUAGUUAAAAGGAUCAGGUAGCAGAUAAUGAGGAAGGAAUGACUUGAGACAGAGCUGCUGUCAGUGAGACAUAGUUGAUAAUACUGAGUAGAUGGGCGGGCGGGGCAAGAGUUUUGUAUGGUCUUCAAAACCAGUGUGCGGGUGUUCGCAGCAUUACAGAACAAUUCAACAAACAGGGCGGGGAGAACCAAAGGUGGACAAUCCAGUUUCCCCAAACACACUACUGGGUUUGUGGCAGCAGAGCAAAAGCAGGAACAAAGUGGCAGUAUUGAUCCUCUUUCCAAGGUUUUGAUUUUUCCUUUAGCAGUAUUGCUCCCAUUGGAAACAGUGGGAGGGAAGAAUAAAUAUGCCAGCUCCAGGGCUGGUAUGUUUCCUCCAUUUUGUGGCCAUAUCAGGGGUCAUUUUUCCAGUCUGCCCUCAGCCAAGCCUUCUUUAUACUUCUGUUGAGGUUAAAGCUCAUAUGUUGGUAAAGCAAGGGAUGUGAAGGUUUCCAUAGCAGCAGGGAGCAGCUUCACAAGGUCAGAUUUCACUGAUGGCAAAUUUCUCUCUACACUCGGAGUGGGAGGUCUGAGACAUCCUCCCAGUGACCAUAGGGCUGCAGCUUUUUUUUUUUAAUACAUUUUUAUUAAAGAUUAUCUCGGUUUACAAAAGAACAUGCCUUGCCUCUUUUUUCAGGUUCUACAGUCUUUCUUACAGAUCAGUUACAUUUCUUAUGAGACCUUGGUGUUGAGUACAGUAUAAGGUUGGGGAAGAAGAGAGGAGAGGAGGGGUGGGGUGGGGAGGCUUAUAUUCUUUUGUAUAGUGUGCCUGUGGGGUUUUGUGUCAGUGUCAACUGGGUAGGUUCUUUCUAUUCGUUUAUUACAUUUUCUUGGUAGUGAGAGGUAUUGGGGGGGCAGGGUGUAGCUGGCUGCAGUGGGUGUGGGCAGUGUGGGGACCAGCUAGGCAGCGCAGUUGGUGCUGGCGGUCCUUAGGAGUUCCUUGUGGCCGUGAUGCUUGCCAUCUUGUCUUGCUGGAAGUCCGGUUGCAGCUUUAAUUGAUUAAAACUCAUUACUCUUUCAUAUGCUAUUAAUCAACUAUGAUUUCCUUUAAACAAGUGACAGCCCUAAUAUUUCCUCCCAGUUAUCAUGUAUGUAAGAGAUGCAAAUGUACGUAGAAAGCAUGGGUAUGGUAGUUCUUCCUCUUACCUUGGGAGGAUAAAAAGUUUUUCUGCACUAAACAACCUUGCAUGCCUGCUUAUCUUUUCAGCCACCUGAUAACCAGAAACUGGGCUUAUUAGAAGCAAUGUUAAAAAUUGGUGACUGGCAACAUGCACAAAACAUUAUGGAUCAGAUGCCUCCAUUUUAUGCAACUUCACACAAACCUAUUGCUGUUGCUCUUUGUCAGCUUCUUCAUGUGAUGAUUGAACCUCUCUACCGAAGGUAAAGAAAUUGAAUAAAUUAUAUGUGCACUGAGAAUAUUUGUACAAGCUAACCAUGCAUACGUCUGGCUGUGAUUGAUUGAAAUGAGCUCUUCUUAACCUUUGAUUCAUCUGUGGAGAUGUUAGGAAAUGUUUAUGAACUUUCUAAAAGCUCACACAUGGUGCUCAAAGCUAGGAGGCCAAUGAGGCUGCUUGUUGUUUAGGGAUGCCAAGUCUUAAAAUGAAAACAAAUGUACUAAUACCUAGGCAGGCAUUGUCUGUGUUAGGGCCUAGUUUCAAACUUUCUAUUCUCCUAAUGUGUAAAGCCAUAAAAGGGGCAGGUGGAUGGAAAGAGAUCCAAAAGAAAGAGAAAAAUCCUGCUCAGUCACACUGUCCCUUAGUAGGCAACAAUAGCAGUGUUGCUGAAAAGGUCUUGGCAGAAAAGCUUUUUCACAGUAUGAUUUUUUUGUUGUAAUAUAUUUGCUUGGUCUGGUGUAUUUUUUUUAAAAAUUCGUUCUAUACCUGCACCUCUUGUGCCAAAUUGAAAUUGUUUGCAGAAGUUGUUAACUGAAUGCAUAUCCCUUUGCCUAAUAUUCACCAGCUCCUCUAUUUUGAGGUUGGUAAUAAUAAUAAUAAUAAUAAUAAUAAUAAUAAUUUAUUAUUUAUACCCCGCCCAUCUGGCUGAGUUUCCCCAGCCACUCUGGGCGGCUCCCAAUCAGUGUUAAAAACAGUACAGCGUUACAUAUUAAAAACUUCCCUGAACAGGGCUGCCUUAAGAUGUCUUCUGAAUGUCAGGUAAUUAUUUAUCUCUUUGACAUCUGAUGGGAGGGCGUUCCACAGGGCGGGCGCCACUACCGAGAAGGCCCUCUGUCUGGUUCCCUGUAGCCUCACUUCUCGCAAUGAGGGAACUGCCAGAAGGCCCUCGGCGCUGGAUCUCAGUGUCCGGGCUGAACGAUGGGGGUGGAGACGCUCCUUCAGGUAUACAGGACCGAGGCCGUUUAGGGCUUUAAAGGUCAGCACCAACACUUUGAAUCAUGCUCGGAAACGUACUGGGAGCCAAUGCAGAUCUGUCAGAACCGGUGUUAUGUGGUCCCGGCGGCCACUCCCAGUCACCAGUCUAGCUGCCGCAUUCUGGAUUAAUUGCAGUUUCCGGGUCACCUUCAAAGGUAGCCCCACGUAGAGCGCGUUGCAGUAGUCCAAGCGUGAGAUAACUAGAGCAUGCACCACUCUGGCGAGACAGUUCGCGGGCAGGUAGGGUCUUAGCCUGCGUACCAGGUGGAGCUGGUAGACAGCUGCCCUGGACACAGAGUUAACCUGCGCCUCCAUGAACACCUGUGAGUCCAAAAUGACUCCCAGGCUGCGCACCUGGUCCUUCAGGGGCACAGUUACCCCAUUCAAGACCAGGGAAUCCCCCACACCAACCCGCUCCCUGUCCCCCAAAAACAGUACUUCUGUCUUGUCAGGAUUCAACCUCAAUCUGUUAGCCGCCAUCCAUCCUCCAACCGCCUCCAGGCACUCACACAGGACCUUCACUGCCUUCACUGGUUCUGAUUUAAAGGAGAGGUAGAGCUGGGUGUCAUCUGCAUAUUGAUGAACACCCAGUCCAAACCCCCUGAUGAUCUCUCCCAGCGGCUUCAUAUAGAUAUUAAAAAGCAUGGGGGAGAGGACAGAACCCUGAGGCACCCCACAAGUGAGAGCCCAGGGGUCUGAACACUCAUCCCCCACCACCACUUUCUGGACAUGGCCCAGGAGGAAGGAGUGGAACCACUGUAUGACAGUGCCCCCAGCUCCCAGCCCCUCUAGACGGUCCAGAAGGAUGUUAUGGUCGAUGGUGUCAAAGGCCGCUGAGAGAUCCAGCAGAACUAGGAAACAGCUCUCACCUUUGUCCCUAGCCCGCCGGAGAUCAUCAACCAGCGCGACCAAGGCAGUUUCAGUCCCAUGGUGAGGCCUGAAUCCCGAUUGGAAGGGAUCCAAAUGGUCCGUUUCCUCCAGGCAUGCUUGGAGUCGUUCAGCAACCACCCGCUCAAUCACCUUGCCCAAGAAUGGCAGAUUUGAGACUGGGCAAUAGUUGGCCAAAUUGGCCGGGUCUAAAGAUUUUUUUUAAGAAGCGGUUUAAUGACCGCCUCUUUCAGCAGGUCUGGGAAGGCUCCCUCACAGAGGGAAGCAUUCACCAUACCACAAAGCCCAUCGCCUAGCCCUUCCCGGCUCGCUUUUAUCAGCCAGGAUGGGCAAGGAUCAAGGAGACAGGUGGUCGGUUUCACUUGUCCAAGCAGCCUGUCCACAUCCUCGGAGGUAACAGAUUGGAACUGAUCCCAUGUAACAGGACCAGACAGAACUCUAGCACUCUCCUGCCCUGGCCCUGCUCCCACGGUGGAGUCUACCUCCUUCUGAAUCUGAGCGAUUUUAUCUGCAAAAAACUUUGCAAAAGUAUUGCAGGAGAUCCUGGAGUCCCUACCAGGCCCCGGUGGUACAGGUGGUUCCGAUAGAUUGCGAACCACCUGAAAAAGUCUCCUGCUGCUGUUUUCUGCAGAUGCAAUGGAGGUGGCGAAGAAGGCCCUCUUCGCCGUUGCCAUUGCCACUUGGUAGGCUCGACGUUGAGCUCUAACCCGUGUCCGGUCUGAUUCAGAAUGAGUUUUCCGCCACCGGCGCUCUAGCCGUCUCAACGAUUGUUUCAUCACCCUCAGCUCCGGGGAAAACCACGGGGCUGUCCGGGCUCCAUGCAAUCGGAGAGGGCACUUCGGAGCCAGACAGUCAAUAGCCCUGGUUAACUCCGCAUUCCAGCGUGCCACCAGGGAAUCAGCUGAAAGGCCAUCAACUUGGGAUAAAGCAUCCCCUACCACUCUCUGGAAGCCAAUUGGAUCCAUUAAGUGGCGGGGGAAGGGUUGCGGAGAAGUCCAGUUGCACCAGGAAGUGAUCUGACCAUGGCACUUCUUUUGUUUCGCUUUUAGUUAGUGUCAGAUCACCAACAUCCAUAGAGGUGAACACCAAGUCUAAGGCAUGUCCACGGCUAUGAGUUGGGCCAAACUUAUUCAGGGACAGCCCCAUGGAGGCCAUGCUUUCCACGAAGUCCCGAGCGGCCCCUUGUAAGGUUGUGUCGGCAUGGAUGUUAAAAUCCCCCAGGACAACCAAGCUAGGUGUCUCCAGGAGCAUAUCCGCCACAACCUGAAGCAGCUCGGGCAGGGAAUCCUUGGUGCAGUGGGGAGGUCGGUACACCAGUAGGAAUCCUGUACUUCCCCUAUUGCCCAACUUCCAGAACAUGCACUCAGAAAACUGGGUCUUCCCAAUAGGACGCCUGGUGCAGACUAAUGACUUCCUAAAAAUCACUGCAACCCCCCCUCCCCGCCCACAAGGCCUGGGUUGCUGUGCGUAAGAGAAACCUGGUGGGCAAGCAGCGGCAAGGACAGGCCCAUCUGCUUCAUCCAACCAGGUCUCUGUCACACAUGCCAGGUCAAAUCCUCCAUCCACAAUCAGGUCGUGGAUGGCAGUGGUUUUAUUCAUCAUUGACCUGGCAUUGCACAGCAACACUUUCAGGUCAUGUGGGUUUCCCUUGCUGAUUACUGUAUCCUUCCGGUCAGGACCAGACCUGGAGGCAGGGAUAGUCCUCAAACAACGACUAAACCUGCCUCCUCGGUAAUGACAUGGUCUGGUCUUAGCAUAACUCCUCCUCCUGCCCGUGAUCACUGAGAUCGGGUGUCCCAAUACAUCCCCCCCUGUGGAACCUGCCCCACCCAAUCUAUUGGGUGAGGCCCACUCCCAGGCAGCCAUGACCCUUCCCCUUAAAAAGCAAAAUACAAACUAUAUAAUAAUUUAACAGAAUAAUAAUAAUAAUAAAACAGAACAGAACAAAACAAAGCAAGAAACAAUAGCGCUGACUAAAUGCUUAUCCCACCCCAAGCAAAAAUAAAAUAAUGAAAUAAUAUAAUAUUAUAAAAAACAACAACCACCAUUUAAGGUGCUGCAAAUUAAAAGCAAUUAAAACAUUUAAAACCAUUUUGUCUAUUGCUGCCGGUAGCUGCUCAGGCCUCUAAACUGUAGUGGUAGUGCAGGCCCCGCCCCCUAGGCCGGAUGGAGUUGGCAGGAGAGGGAGCGGUCCUCCCAACACUCACACGAGCAGCAGCAGCCGUGUCCCGGCGGCCUUGAUGGAGGCCCUCAAGCUGUGGCGGUGAGUGCAGGCCCCACCCCCUAGGCCGGAUGGAGUUGGCAGGAGAGGGAGCAGUCUUCCCAGCACUCACCAGAGCAGCAACAGCAGCAGUGUCCCGGAGGCCUCUCUCAGGCCUCUUAUGCUGAGUAUAAUGGUUGUGCAUUAUAUGGAGGAAAUCUGACAAGUGCACGGAUGUGGCAAUUACAAGUAAUGCACAGAAACUGUAGAAGAAAGUACUUUGAUAUGUUUAAAGUAUAAACUGUGGAAGGGCCAUAGCUACUUUGCAUGCAGAAGGACCCGGGUUUAAUCACUGGAAUCUCUGAAUAUCCCCUGCCUGACACCCUGGGGAGCUGCUACCAGUCAGUGUAAGCAAUACUGAGCUAGAUGGACCAAUGGUCUGGCUCGGUAAACAGCAACUUCUACUGCUCCUAACUGUAAAACUUGCCUCUCAUUUACAGGGUUGGAGUACCCAAAGGUGCCAAAGGGACACCAAUUCUUCCUUUGCAAAACAAGAGAGCACCCAAGCAAGUAGAAAGUUUUGAAGAUUUAAGAAAAGAAGUGAUCAACAUGCUUUGUUACCUUGGCCCUCAUCUCUCUCAUGACCCCAUAUUGUUUGCAAAAGUAGUGCGUCUUGGAAAAGCAUUUAUGAAAGAGGUUGGUAACCUUCCAGUUAAUGAGCAAAAUUUCCUAAAAACUGUUUCUGUGCCCUACAGAAGUAUAUUUUGUAGCUUUGUACAUAUUAGCAUGCAUAUGUGGGAGAUCAAAGACUUCCUGAAAAGAUUUUAAAAGGAAAAUGUUGAUGGCCUAAUCUUGUCCCUAUUUAAAGUGAAAGGUGUUAGCGUUCUGAAAGUUGAAUAACGAUAGGAGAGUAUAUUUCUUAUUAAACACAAAUAAGAAACAAUUACUUACAGCCUUUAUAAGCUAUUUUAUAACGAAAGAUUCCUUAGCAAACUUACAAGAUAAAAUACAGCUAGCUAAAGAUUACUUGAUAGUAGCAUAGAAAGUAACAAUAAAAAUGAUGCAGCCUAAAAAACAAGACGUGUAGAGUAAAACAGUAAUACUUAAAACAGGAUUUUAAAAAGUUCUCUGGAGAAGAUGUCAGGAUCUGAAUUGGCACAUGUGGUAAGAGGUGAUUUUGAACUGCCCCAAAGUCCUUUAGAGCCCUUCAUUGCUUGGUUACUCUAGCAUCAAACCCCAAAGAUCCUGAAAGAUAAAGGCAAGCACUUCAGAUUGGGCCCAGAUAUGGAAUGGAAGCUGCUGGAGAUGCCUGAACUUCAGCAUAAUGUGUUUUUUAAUGCCCAGUCCUAGUUAGUUCAGAGUAUGGCAGCAGGAUUGUGAGCUAAAGUUUCCAUACUGUUUUAAAGACGGCCUCAUAUACAACAUAUUGAAGUAAUCCAAAUGAGAGGAUACCAGGGCCUGGGUAAUUGAAGUGCAGCUAUGUAUACAUGUUCAGGUCUUCCAGAUUUGGAUAGCAAAUUAUGAUUUGCUACAAAGAAAAUGACUGGAAGUUUUUAAUUGCCAUGUGCAAAGAAGGGUUUGGAGAAGGGAGUUUACAAACCAGAGGCCCCCACCUGCUCUUCUCUAGUAAUGCUAAUGUAUAAUGCUGGCAACUCUGCUCUAAAAAAAAUUGAACUUUAGUAGAUGUUUUGGAUAUAGGAAGUUUUCUGACAAGAUGUCUGUAAGUCUUGUAACACUUAUUCUUUCCCUAACCUGCCACCCCAUUUUUUACUUCUCAUCUUUUCCAUUGUAAAUUGUGAGUAAUGCACACUUCCAUGGUUUUAAAAUGCUAUUUCCGACUGACUAAAAAAACAAAACAAAACAAAAAACAUGUAAACAGGUACCAAAAUGAAGCUUUCAUGCCAUUUGUAUUUUGGAGUGUUUCUUUGGGAUUAUGUUAUAAGAAGUUGUUUUUACAAAUAAUGUACUGUUGCCAAUCCAUUGAGAGAAAAUGUUAACCCUUUUCUUACAGAAAAGUGCCCUCUGUAAUUUCCUUGUUAAACAGCUGAAAAUAUUCACAGUAGUUUCCAUGGGAAGUACAGUAAAAUAUGUCUUCUAACACUUUCAAGUUUUUAAGCAUCUGUUAACUACUUGUAUAAGCACUUGUAAAUCUAAAUCCUUGGCAGUUUUUGACAAAUGUCUCUGUAAAUAUCACUUGCAAGGCACAAUAUAUUUUGCAGAAAGCAUCAAGCAUACUGUUGAGACUUGAUUCUACCCCCCCACCCCCCAGUAGUGGUAAAAUGUCUGAAGUGUUCAAUAGCAAACAAGUUAAGCACAGUUCAAAGUGACAAGGUUGCAGUUCACACAUUGGCCCAACCAUUAUUUAAGAGUAGACGAACCUCUCCUUUGGUGUGCUUCCGCAAAAAGGAGAUUGGAAGCAUCUGUUCCUGGAUUAAACUAAUCAGAGUUUGCUUGUUAUGUCAAAACUGCAGGCUCUGGUUAUUUUAAAUUGUAUAUAUAUUUUUAACAACAACAAGAAGUCAUGUCUUAAAUUACAGUUUGAUCCUAGUGUGUGUCAGCAGACCUUACUUAAAGUAAUUAACCAUAGGUUAAUUUAUAAUGAUUAUUUGAAAACAGAAAGGAGAUUCUUCUAAUUUUCUUGCUGUUUUGUCAGAGGGAAGGAGGGAAUUCACAAACCCAAGGCCCAUUCAUGUAACUCUAAACUGGUUUAGUAUUAACCCCAACUUGGCUAUUGGCUUCUAAAGGGAGGGAAGCAUACUUACAAGAGGGUCCAGACAUUUGUGGUGGUUCAUACUCCGGAGAGCUACUACAGACAGUUGUGGCUGGAGCAACACCAUUCCCCUCCUGUGUUCAGCAGUAAAGAGAGCUGCUCCUUACUACUCAGCUUUGUAUUCACCUUAUUCAGUACCCCACUUUCUCUUCAGCAGCAGACGACCAAGGAAUCCAAUUUUGCAGACCUCGCUCUAGCACAGCUGAUCUCUGCACUUGGGAAGGGGGAAUAACCUGACUUGCUCAAGAUUGUCUUUGAUAUGAGACCAUUGCAUUUUAGUAGUAUUUGAUUGUUUGUUGUUGUUUUUAGCACCAAGCAGAUGCAGGCAAGCAAGAGGAAAAAGAGAAAAUGGUGAGCUGUUUUAAAAUGUAUUCUUGACUCCCCCCUCCAGCCUUGAUUAUAAGUGUGGCAGAAAUGACCAUAUAUCUGGAUAGUCUAUGUAAUGUGGCUUAAAGCUGGAACAGCUAUAAUAAAAGUUGCAACUCAGUGCUAAUCCUGUGGCCUGCCACUCUGGCUGUCUUGGAAGGCCAAGGAAGGUUUCAAAAGCUUUGAAUAUGUUUUACUUCUUUGUUUCUAUAAUAAUAAUAAUAAUUUAAUUGUUGUAUUAACAUUUUUAAUGUUGUAAGAUACUUUAGAUGGGCUUCACCCUGAAGUGUGGCAUACUACUAUUUCAAAGUAUGCAAGAAGCACAAUUCUUCUAAAGCCUCUCUAGCUUCCAGGGCUCAAGUGUACUGUUGAAGACCCAAACACUUGUCUGGCCUCAAAUGUGCACUGAGAUAUUCACAUACAAUGUCCAUUCAUUUCAGUGCAGGAAGUUUUCAGAGCUUGUGUUAUUAGAGUAGUUCACCAACAGGGUGAGGGGAUGUGAGAGGAUGUUAUAUAUGCACCAACCUUUCUUGCCCCCCCCCCACCUUCCCCAAUGUCUAUUCCUAUUGUACAUCACAUGUCAUAGCUGUCAAAUACAGCUUUUCUACCUCGGUUGCCUGAAUAGAAAAAGCAGGUGAUUGGUCAACUAGGACAAAUGUGUCCUGAUUUAGUAGUGCCUAGUAAAACUGUGGUGAACCUUCUCCCUUGGAAUAAUGGGACUGUAGACACUUAACACUGUUGCCACAGUGACUUCAUUAAUUUUUGCUGUUUUGUUUUCUUCACAAGUCUAUUGGGAAGGUGGCAUAGAAAUGUACUGCAACAGCAGCUUCUGUAUAUUGUCAUAUUUUAAAGCCAUGUUGUCUUUUAAAUUCAAAAAUAUAUAACAGAAAACUGACAGAAUUUACUGUAUUUUUCGCCCCAUAGGGCGCUCCUAGCUUUUUUGGGGGGGAAAUAAAGAAAAAAAAAUUUAUUUCCCCCCCAGGCGCGGGGCUGGCGCGGGGGAAGCCCGAGCUUCCCCCGACCCCAGCCCCCAGAACAGCCUGCUAUCCGCAAGCCUAGGGAGCCCAGUGGGAAGUUACGCCGGUCUCCCCAGGCUUGUGGAGAGCUGCGCGAAGCUCGGGCGCGCUCUUCAGCACGCCCCAGGCUUCGGAAUGCAGGCAGCUCUGCGCAACCCUUGGGAGACCGGCGCAACUUCGCGCUGGGCUCCCUAGGGUUGUGCAGAUCUGCGUGAAGCCCGGGAAUGCAGGCAGCUCUGCGCAACCCUUGGGAGACCGGCACGACUUCGCGCCGUUCUCCCUAGGGUUGCGGAGAGCUCCUGAGCCUGGAGAGCGAGAGGGGUCGGUGCGCACCGACCCUCUCGCUCUCCAGGCUUCAGCGAAAGCCUGCAUUCGCCCCAUAGGACGUACACACAUUUCCCCUUCAUUUUUGGAGGGGGAAAAGUGCAUCCUAUAGGGCGAAAAAUAUGGUAAUCCUUUUUUAAAUGUAAAACUAGUAGCCAUAGACUUUGCUUCAUAAAGUUGUAGAAUGUCUACCCUUUGAUUUUGCCUUCAAAUAAGAUAAUUCCUUUCCUUUCCUUCAGGAGUUAUUAUUCAGCUGUUUGCUGAGUAUUACCGACCAGGUUUUGCUUCCUUCUCUUUCUUUGAUGGAUUGUAAUGCAUGCAUGUCUGAGGAACUCUGGGGGAUGUUUAAAACCCUUUGAUUUUGCCUUCAAAUAAGAUAAUUCCUUUCCUUUCCUUCAGGAGUUAUUAUUCAGCUGUUUGCUUAGUAUUACCGACCAGGUUUUGCUUCCUUCUCUUUCUUUGAUGGAUUGUAAUGCAUGCAUGUCUGAGGAACUCUGGGGGAUGUUUAAAACAUUUCCAUACCAGUAUCGGUGAGUAAUUACCUGUAAAAACUAUAUGGCAUCAGAAUUUCUUCAUCAAAUUAUCUAAGAGAUGCAUUAAAUACAUAUUUUGAUUUCUUGGAACCUCCUAUAGGUAUCGCCUCUAUGGGCAGUGGAAGAAUGAAACAUACAAUAGUCACCCACUACUGGUGAGAGUUAAAGCUCAGACAAUUGACCGAGCCAAAUACAUUAUGAAGUAAGUUAUGUUGAAACUUGUUUUCUGCUGGGGAAUGUUGAUGAGACUAUAGAACAAAUUGUAGCAGGGCAGUGAGUCCCAUUGGGUUCCAUGAAGCUGGCUCUCACAAUUAGUAUCCUUGGGAUUGCAGCCUAAGUAUUGGAUUGAAAUGCUACCUGCUAUUACCAAGUAAUACCGUGUUUAAAUGAAACUUCCUAAAAUGUAAUUUAUAUUUAACAAAAAAAUACUGCCUUAACUUAGAAAGCUGGGCAGCCUGCAAGACGUCUACAAUUUAAUAUUAAAUCAGUUUCAUUAGAUGGUUAGAUAAAUUACUGUACACGAAGAAGUUUCCAUUUACAGAAGGAGAAUUUGAUUCAUGGAAUGGGUCCUUUCACAAACACAGCUCCCUUUUCAUGAAUGGAAGCUUGCUCCAUGAAGAGAGUAAUUAUCCCACCCCAUAAGGAAAUGUGAUGGCUAGGGCCCUGGGUACAGGUGGUUACCAUAGGAGUAGUAGGUGUGUCAGAAAAUUUAGCUGUUGGGACUGUGCUAUUUUAAAUAAUGCCAGCUUAAAUAAAAUGAUUAUACACUAGCUUUACAACCUUGUUGAAUCUUUUCUGCCCCAGAGCGUUAAUUCAUUACAGUUUGCCUAUUUGUAUUUUAUAUCCUCUGUUCCAAGCUGAAUACAGAAAUCGUAUGUGAAAGUUGCCUGUAACAUGAGUUUUCCCUGGGGGAAUUGGGAAGGUCCAUCUACAUUUACAGGAAAAUAGAUUAAUCUAAAGCCGUGACUAGAAAAUGUGAAUAUAAGACUGCAAAGAGAGGAACUAAAAUGUGAAUGUACUCUUGUAGGCGUCUAACCAAGGAAAACGUAAAGCCAUCUGGAAGACAAAUAGGAAAACUGAGCCACAGCAACCCAACCAUUUUAUUUGAUUAUGUAUGUGGCAAGAUAAGUAUUGACUACCUUUGCUUUUCUAGUAGCCCCAUUUAAGUUACCUUAUUCUGAAAAACAAGUUGACUAUUUUAAAAUGUGUUUUAUAUGGGGGUGGGGGUGAUGGGACGUGGUAGAGGUAUUAUUGUAUUAUGCAUGGUGUGGAGAAAAUGGAUAAUUUUCCUCUAAAAUGCUAGAAAUUGAGGCAAUCCAGGAAAGCUGUGUUGUCAGGACGGGGAAAAAAGGUGCUUCUUCAAAGACCCUAUAUUCACUCCCACAAUAUGUAGCAAUGGCUGUCAACCUGGAUGGAUUUAAAAGGGAGUGAGACAAAUUCAUGGCAGAUGAGGCUGUAAAUGCCUACUAGCCACGAUGGCUUAGCUCUGCUUCCACCUUUGGAGGCUGUAUGCCCCUGAAUACCAGCUGCAGGGAAUUACAAGUGAGGAGAGUGCUGUUGUGCUCAGGUUCUGCUUGUGAGAUUCCCAUAGGCGUCCAGUUGCCCACUUUGAGAAAAGGAAGCUGGACUAGAUGGGCCAUUGGCUUAAUCCAGCAGGGAUUACAUUACAUUAUAUUACAUUAGGAAAAGUGCACACAUUAACUAUGUAAUACAGAUGUGUGCAUGAAGUUUCAUUAUUUUUUCUUCAGAUUGAAAACCAUAACAGUAGUUUCUUUUAAGAGUUUUUAAGGACUUCUGGCUUCUUCUUCUUAUACUUGGGAAGCUCAUUUUCGCUCUUUUUCAGAUUUUGUCUCAGAUACAGAAGUAUGAUAAUUUAAUCACCCCUGUUGUCGACUCAUUGAAAUACCUCACUUCCUUGAACUAUGAUGUCUUGGCAUGUAUCCUUUUGCUAACUUCUUAGAACUGCUAGUUACCCAAUGGUUAUAUGUUACACAAGUUUUUUUUUUUACUGCUCGAAUGAGAAUCAUUACUUCAGCUGAGCAAGCGCCUUUGUUGUACAGGGGUGCUUCUUAAACAGCUCAGCUGAGCAAGCUGCUUUCUAGCCAGAUGAAAGUUCCUGGCCUGCGCCUGCUCUGUGAUUUGCUGCCCUCUGCGGGAGGCAGGGGAGUGCUGAGACAAAAGCAUCUUCUGGCUUUGAGUGGUUUACCAUCUGGGCAAAUAUUUUGAAUGGGUUAUCACGUGUGGAUUUAAAGCUGGUUUUCAACGAUCUAUCACCAUAUUGCCCAGGCCUACUCCUUGCACAAAUUGAAUAAUUGAAAGCAUAUGUUUUUUAAAAAAUUCGUCCUGCCAUUGUAGCACAGUAGUAGUAAUCCCUUUAUCAUAUAUUGUAAAUUUCUAAAUAUUCAGACUCAUGAACUGCUGUUAGUGUAAUUAUUAAGAGCCAAGCCGUAUUUGACUGCUCAUUUGGCCAUGUGUCAUAGAUUUAGGGAGUUGUAGCUUUUGACAGAAGAGGAAUAAAUACUCCUAAGGGUGUUCCUUGUUCUUUACUUUAUCCUUUACUUUAUUUGAGUUGGCAUACAAUAAUGGCAGUGUGAGAAAAAGGAAUUUGAACAAGAACUCAAAACACUUUGGAACCACAGAGAUAUAUUCCUGAAGUGUUCAUCGUUUUAGGUUUCUGCUAUAAUAUCACAGGUAGUAGUGUAUGCCAGGUGUCUCAAAAUAUUGUUAAAUUUACAAAGCAAAAUAAUUAAAUGUUUAAUACUGCAUGUAAUUAUGUUUGGGGAAGAAUUCCUCCUUAGCCUCAGCAAAGAUUGCAUAAUUGAAGCACUGGCUAAUCCUGAGAAGGAGAGGAUGAAACACGAUGACACCACAAUCUCCAGUUGGCUUCAAAGUUAGUACUUGGGUUUUAUUUAUUUUUAAUUGGAAAUGCAGUCCUCUCGUUACUUAGCACCUGCUAACGUGUUUACUUCAUUAAUUAAAACAUUUGUAUCUUGCCUUUCUAUUUUAAAAAAUCCAUGUUGUGGCUAAUGGUUGUUAAAGUGUGUGUGCACGCGCACACACAAAUCAAGCAUUUCAAAAAACACACAGAGCAAAUGUACUCCAGAGCCAUCUGGAAUACAAUUCUGAAAUAGCUACAAGGGGGGGGGGGAGAGUGCUUUAGCCACCUGUCUGAAAAUCAACAAGGCUCUAGGAUGGGAGUUCCAUAGGCCUGAGUAGCCCCUAGUACAAUUCAGAAAGAGCAGGAAUGUAGAAGAGAGGGCCUCCAAGAACCUCUGUUGUUGGCAACAGCUUGGCAGCCACUUACCUGUAAAUUCACGGCACUUGAAUAAAAAUUGGAGCCAGGAAAUGUAUGGUUGCAGACACGAUUCCUUAAGUACAGGAAGAGAGGGCAGGAGGGAGGGACCAGGUAGAAUGUCAUUUGCACACUAAGAAGUGUGAAAAACAGGUUCUAAGGAUAACUUGCUUUGGACACAUGAGAAGUAGUCUAUUGAUAUGACGUUACUGAAUGUGCAUGACAUAGGAAAGCUUAUAUUUCAAUGACAGCAAUUCAGGUUCGUUUUCCUCCCAUCUAUUUUAGGUUUAGCUAGCUUCUGUGGUGCUGUUUUUCGAAAAUAUCCUAUAGAACUAGCUGGUCUACUUCAGUAUGUGGCAAACCAGCUAAAGGCUGGGAAAAGGUAAGUAGAGCAUGGUUACUUUAGAUCUCAAAAACUAUGCCAGUUUGGUAGUUUUUGUUGCCCUCAUUGGAGUGUUUUAAUAUAUUUUGAUAAGUUGUGUUUAAUAUAACUUUGCAAACUUUAAGAUUUAUGAAGAUCCUAGGAUUCAAAAUACACCAAGACAUAAACAGUUGGGUAAUUUGCACCGAGCAGCUAGGUUACAUUCACAUCUCCCAGGGAAAUUGCACGGAGUGCCUACUACAUUGUGAAGUUGCAUUGAAGUGCUCAUGUAUACGGUCUGCUGUUCAUGUUGCUGUUACAACACCUUGACAUUGAUGCACUUGGAUUGGAGACAAAGUGGUUUGUGCUUCAUGUGCAAGUAAUUUCAGAAAGAUAUUGUAAUGGGCUCUUAGACCUUUCACAAUACUUUCAAUAGAGUUCAAGAGCAGUGGUUUUACCUGCCUAUGUUUCACUCUUUCUCUCUUCCCCCCGCCCCCUCGCCCAUUUUUGUUCUCAUUCUUUUCCAUAGCUUUGACCUGCUUAUUUUGAAAGAGGUGGUACAAAAAAUGGCUGGAAUAGAAAUCACUGAAGAGAUGACAAUGGACCAGCUAGAGGCCAUGACUGGUGGAGAGCAGCUGAAAGCAGAGGUGUGUUUGAAGCUAGAGAGAAAAGAAAAAUAGAUGUCCCAAAAAUACAUACAUAGUAGCUUAGGAUGUUUCACCUGCUGUACAGUCGUACCUUGGAAGUCGAACGGAAUCCAUUCUGGAAGUCCGUUCAACUUCCAGAAUGUUUGGGAACCAAAGUGCGGCUUCGCCAAUCAGAAGCCCCGUCUGACGUUCUGCUUCCAAAAAUAGUUUGCAAACCGGAACAGUCACUUCCGGUUUGCAGCAUUUGGGAGCCAAAACGUUCAAGAACUAAGAUGUUCGAAAACCAAGGUAUGACUGUAUUUAUUUUUUAAGGUAGAUGGAUAAUUGAUACACCUCUGAAAGGUAUAUUAAUACAAUAACAACUAUGGAAAUAAUUUUAGUAUCUAGAGCAGCAUGUUCACGUGCCUGAUCUACGUGUAACACUUCCGAUUCUUAGCAGCAGUUAAGCAGGAAUGUUUAGCAGGAUUAUUCCUCUUCUGUCACACACAAGUUUCUCACUACUGGCCUUAAGCAUUCUUAACUGGUACCAUCUUUAAAUAUGGUUAACUCUUUGUUUUAAAUUAAAUUAAUUAUUACUUUACUGGGGCUCAAGUACCUGCUCACUUGGCUCACCCCACCUCCACAAAGCUCCCCUUCCCCUUACUCCUCACCAAACCUCCACAGCUUGCUACUGCUGCAAGCCCAGCUCACUCGCCCGCUUCACUUGCCCACACAGCUCCUGUCAUUUAGUUCACAAACCCAGCUCACUCGCCUACUUUAAACCAAAGCUACGAUCCCAGCUUGCUUGGCCACUUCCUUGCUCAACCCACCAACUGCCUGUCUAAUGCUUCAUUCACCCUGGAGCAUGUGCAGCCUGUCACCAGUAUAACGAUGGACUAGUUUAAAUAUGGCAUAGAGAGAGAAAACUAUCCAAAAUCACAAAUAAACAAUGCACUGUUCAGUUACCUUUUUAACAUUUGCUUCUUACCAAAGCAAUAAACAAGGGGGUUGCUGCUAACCAGGGAUUCGAAACCUGCCUUCAAAUGUGUUGUGAAAUCCUGGCUAGCAGUGAACUUUCCUGUUUGCCUCAACGGUGGUUAAGAUUGGUAUUUGGACCAUUGCAUAGCAUAGGAAAGGAGGAGAAGUGCAUGUUAACAUGGCCUUCCAGUUUCAGAACACGCAAGUGCUGCUAUCAGAAUGCUCAUCUGCAGAUUCAGUUAUCCAAACAUAAAGAAUUAUGCCCAAGCCUCAAGUGCAUGGCUGAUUGAGAUACCCAAGCAGCCAGACUUUGCCCACUACUUGACUUGUUUGUGCAUUUUCGGUCAGAAACCAUGGAAGAGAGGGAGGUGUGAAGAGAGAUGAAACAAAGCAGUUUUUCCUUUGUCUCACUUUUGCUGGUUGGCUGCAGCCGUUUUAGGAAGAAACCAUGGUGGGAGUGGGGAGAGACAUCACAGAUUAGAAAUAAUCGAAAUCAUCAGCUCAUUAUGCAAAUGCUUGGAAUGCAUUGUGUUUGGAAAGCAGGGCCUGCAUAUACUGGCAUGUAGACCCUCAAAGGUUGCCCAAGAAGGUUCGUCACCCUCAGCCUGAAAAAGCUUCUCAACCCCGGAUCCUACUGUAAGCCAGGAAAUGUCAAAUUUCUCUAAGCAUGCUAGGGAACUGGAGAGGAAGAAACAUUCUAACUCAAGGUUUCCUGAAGGCUAUUUACUGUCAGGGUUUGGCACUGUACACCUUAAUUUACAUCCUCUGCUGUUUUUCUCAGUUUAGGUAUCUUAACUACAUUUCUUACUUCUUUGGGCAGGGUGGAUAUUUUGGGCAGAUCAGAAACACUAAGAAAUCUUCCCAGAGAUUAAAAGAUGCACUUUUGGAUCACGAUCUUGCUCUUCCAUUGUGCCUUCUCAUGGCUCAACAGAGAAAUGGAGUGAUAUUUCAAGAAGGAGGCGAGAAACAUUUGAAGCUGGUGGGAAAACUCUAUGAUCAGGCAAGUAAAAUGAUCACAUUUGUGUUUGUUUUAAGCAAACCUCCAUGGAAAUGCCAUGUAUACUGCAUUCAGAAAACUGAAUUUAUAUUUUGUAGUAUAGAUGUUUGUUUUACUUGUGUUUUGGGUUCUUCAUGAAAUUUACAAAAAGGAAAACUAAGUAGCUUCAGUCAUGGCAAUCCCUUACCAUCCAUAAUGCUGUCACAUUGUUCGACAAGAUUCCACUGGCCUGCAUAGCUUCUGUAAAUUCUGUUUCAGGUGUGAUCUUGUACUGUACUGCUAACCAGAUUCAGAAGUGACUACAGAUUUAGUUGACUAUAUGGUGUUGUCAUAUCUGAAGUUGCCUUGAGUAUUCAUAAGAAAUACAUAGUUUGUUACUGAGGAACAUUUUCUCAUUAGUAUUACUGCAUGUUUAUUACAAAAGGUAGUGAUUUUCCAGGUAUUUUCUUGAUUUUUAGAAGGUUAACAUUAUAUUUAAAUCUCAUUGAAAAGUCUGAUCUAAUACUUCUCUAUUUUUCUAUUCAGUGCCAUGAUACUCUGGUACAAUUCGGUGGAUUUUUGGCUUCCAAUUUAAGCACAGAUGAUUAUAUUAAGCGAGUGCCUUCCAUUGAUGUUCUCUGUAAUGACUUCCACACCCCUCACGAUGCUGCAUUUUUCCUUUCACGGCCUAUGUAUGCACAUCACAUUUCAGUAAGUACAGAUGUUCAGUUAGCUUGCAGUCUGUAUAUCCGGAACACACAGUUGUAUUGAAAAUUAAACCUGUCAUUCCACUGAUUCUUUUAAAGGGGCCUCACUGAGAUUGAAAGCACUCCUCAUUCAGUGACUGGGUUUUAAAUCUAGCUGACUUAAUUUCUUGGACUUAGUUUUGUAUUUAAAUCUAAUAGAGUUAAUUAAAAAGGGAUUUUGUUUUCUGUUUGAGAAGUGGAUAAUUGAGUACUUGUGUCUUCUUUUUAUUAGUCAAAAUAUGAUGAAUUGAAAAAGGCUGAGAAAGGGAACAAACAGCAGCAGAAAGUUCACAAAUACAUUACAGCGUGUGAGCUUGUGAUGGCCCCUGUUCAUGACUCGGUGAUCUCCUUGCACAUCCCAAAGGUCUGGGAUGAUAUCAGUCCACAGUUCUAUGCUACGUUCUGGUCACUGACAAUGUAUGACCUUGCUGUUCCACAUAGUAGCUACGAACGGGAAGUCAACAAACUCAAAGUCCAGAUGAAAGCUAUUGAUGACAAUCCGGAAAUGGUAUGUAUCGUUUUAAAUGUAUGUUCGCUUGCCGUUUUUAAGAAUCUUAUCAGUUCAUGAAAACCAUUGAUCAAGAACAGUUGACAGCAUUAGAUAAUAGGUUUUUUUUAAAGCAAUUACAUUUUCUGCUCUGAGGUUUUUAGUUACCUUGCUCUUCUCUCUAAAUAAAAAAAAUAUUCCAUACAAUUCUGCCUGAGCACUGCAUUUCUGCAAUUCUGGGGCUAUUCUAGACCUCUCCACCAUUGAGCUUUACAGUGACUAGACACAAGAGAAUAGCACUAUUUUCAGUUGUAGUGCCUUUCAGUUGUCGUACCUUGGUUCUCAAACAGAAUCCGAAAACCAAGGCACGGCUUCCGAUUGGCUGCAGGAGCUUCCUGCACUCAAUCAAAAGCUGCUUUGGAUGUUCGGCUUCCAAAAAACGUUUGCAAACCUGAGCAUUCACUUCCGGGUUUGUAGUGUUUGGGAGCCAAGGCGUUUGACAACCAAGGCACGACUGUAUUAGCUUUCCAGUGGCAUUGAAUUGCUUUACAAGGCUCUGUUAGCAGCAGAAUAAUGGCAGAGGAAUGUGGUAUGUAGGUUUUCAAGGAGUGCCAGUGUUGAGCAUAACCCAGCAGAUGUUGGUCCUGUCCAGCUCCCAGCCAUUUAAAUGGACCUUACAUAGGAGACUAUCAAACCCUGGUGAUUUGUGUUGAUAUGGUUUGUGGAAUAGAAAUAUAAGGAACAUGUUUUACACCUUAAUAAGCCAGCUCUUUGUGAAAGAUCAGUUUUGAAUCUAUCCAUGUGGUCAGAUGGUAUAAGGUAAAACUGAAGGACCCCUGACAGGUAGGGGCUAGGGGCACCAUGGUAGAAGUAGGCUUCCAUAACCAUUUACAUAACUGAAUGGGGAAUCAUAGACAGAAGCAACAACCAUACGCACCAUCCUUUAGAUGAUCCAACAAUCAGAAAUGAGCACAAAUGGGCUUCUAGGAAUGUUAAAAUUCUGCAGAUCACCUGUAAGGAAAAGGAGUGGGCUGCAAGAUAAAGUGCUUGCUCACUUUCCCCCCAAAUAGCAGUUUAGCAGGAUUUCAAAAGGUAAAGGACCCCCGACAGUUAAGUCCAGUCGCGAAUGACUCUGGAGUUGCGGCACUCAUCUCACUUUACUGGCCGAGGGAGCCGAUGUUUGUCCGCAGGCAGUUUUUCCGGGUCAUGUGGCCAGCAUGACUAAGCUGCUUCUGGCGAAACCAGAGAAGUGCACGGAAACACCGUUUACCUUCCUGCCGGAGCAGUACCUAUUUAUCUAUUUGCACUUUGAUGUGCUUUCGAACUGCUAGGUUGGCAGGAGCUGGGACUGAGUAACGGGAGCUCACCCCGUCGCAGGGAUUUGAACUGCUGACCUUACGAUUGGCAAGCCCAAGAGGCUCAGUGGUUUAGACCACAGUGCCACCAGCAUCCACAGCACCACCCGCAGGACAGUAUGCACACUAUCAUAUCUGAACACGCCAUUUCUUUUUCGUAGCCUCUGAACAAAAAGAAAAAAGAAAAAGAACGCUGUACAGCUCUUCAGGACAAGCUUCUUGAAGAGGAAAAGAAGCAGUUAGAGCACGUGCAAAGAGUACUGCAGAGACUGAAGCUGGAAAAGGAUAAUUGGCUUCUUGCAAGUAAGUAGCAUAGACCUUUUCAUCACCAGCCACUUACACAGAAUUGCAGCAUUCUGACUUUGGCAGCAUCUGUGUAAAUGAUUUGUUAAAUAUUUGUAAAUGAGUGACUGUUCGUUCUUACUUUUUUGUAAUGAAUAUAAAAUUCAUUACUUGAAUGCAGACCCAAAAGUUGGCAGAAUUUUGGCACUUUGGGUGGCAGUUUCCCUUGCUUGUAAACAUAUCUUAGGGCAAUUGCCGAUCUAAUGCCGAUGCAAUUGUAAUUAUGCCCAAGAGAUUGAGUACCAGCCUUGCAACUUUUGACCUUCCUAUAGCACAUUCUCUCAUCCUGUGUUAACUGGGUAUAGGAUCCCCCUUUACAGCCCAACUUCAACCUGUCUUCAGUAAGUAGGUUACUGGUUUAGGGUUAACUGUCUUAUCACUGGUACCCAUUUAUCUCUUAGUAGUUUUUCAAGAUUGGGGAGGGGGGAUUUCCUCUGGGGAGAAGAUAGAGAUACCUGGUUGAGGGCUUCAUCAGGCAAGGACACGCUGUGCACCCAAGUACUCCCACUUUAUUUCUUCUCUUUAUCAGUAAAUGUAAAUGCCUUUUUGUGCAUGGUGCAUGUGGCAAAUUAAUUUUACUGAAAAUUAGAUGGUGACGUAAUGAUGACCUCUUAUUUGUUUAUUAGAGUCCACCAAAAAUGAGACUAUAACAAAAUUUCUGCAGUUGUGUAUAUUUCCUCGGUGUAUCUUUUCUGCUAUUGAUGCUGUUUACUGCGCUCGCUUUGUGGAACUGGUGCAUCAACAGAAAACACCAAACUUUUCAACACUUCUUUGUUAUGACAGAGUAAGUAGCUCUUGUUUAUUAUUAUGAUUCUUUGAGAAGUAGUGAUGAACCCUUUCAAUCAAGGAAGGAAAGAUGCACUAGCUGAAAGACGUAUUUCUCUGAAUUGUAACUCAUACAGUAUAGUUAAUAAUGUCAAUUCCUUCGCUAAUAGAGAUGAAACAUAUUAUGGAAACUUGAAAUGAAAAAAAGAAUCCUAAUCUUUCUGGAUCAGAAAGCUAUUCGAUGAUUUGGUAGCUUUAAAAGACUGAGAAAGUUGUUGCCUUCAUAGGAUACUAAUGAAAUCAGGAAAGUUAAUUUUUCAGUGUUUAAAAAAUUAUUAUACAGUUGUUCUCUAACUUUUGUAAUAGUAAGGCUUUUUGACAUCAGGUUACACUAACACAAGAAACAAAACCUGACUGGAGGGGGGAGGAUGAUUGGGGAUUUCAUUUUCAUUUCCUUCAACAAAUUAUUGGAAUAAAAUCCAGUGUUUCAAGUAUAAAAACUUGGUUUCAUAGCAUUGUAAUGUGUCAGAAAAAAAAUAAAUUCUUGCAGGUAUUCUCUGAUAUAAUCUAUACUGUAGCCAGCUGUACUGAAAAUGAAGCUAGUCGAUAUGGGAGGUUUCUCUGCUGCAUGCUUGAUACUGUAACUCGGUGGCAUAGUGAUAGAGCCAUAUAUGAAAAGGUAUGUAAAAUGUUCAAAAUGCUCACUUGAAAACCUGUCAUACUUAGAGAAGUAUCAGUGUUGCAGGUGUUUUUCCCCCUAAAGGAAGUAGAAACUUUUGCCGGCCCAGAUAAUAGGAGCUUGUUGUCAUUCAGAAGGACUGUAUCAUAACUAAAAACUGAUACCUGUUUGUAAAGUGUUAAACUAUGUUUAGUGGCUUCUCUAGAAGGCCUGCAUUUAAAUCCUAGCCUAGGGAAAACUUGUUGUUUUUUAAGUAGCAAUAUAUCCAUGAGAUCUUGACUUCCCCUGUCUAGCCUUAGCCAUACCAAUAUCUGCCCAUACCAAUAUCUGCUCAUAUUUCAGUAUUUUGUAUAAACCACUUUCAUCUUAACAUGCUUCUUGAAUAAGCUUAAAUAUCUUCUUUGUGUACAUGCAGGAGUGUGGCAACUAUCCCGGCUUCCUCACCAUAUUACGGGCAACUGGUUUUGAUGGUGGGAACAAAGCUGACCAGUUAGAUUAUGAAAAUUUUCGGCAUGUGGUACACAAGUGGCAUUAUAAGUUAACCAAGGUAACCUGAUGACACUGUGAAGCUUGUUGGUUUUGUAGUUUUGCUGAGAGCCUCUUGGCAACAUCUUUCUCUGCCUUUCCUAGGCAUCUGUACACUGCCUGGAAACCGGCGAAUAUACACACAUCAGAAAUAUCCUGAUAGUGCUGAUCAAAAUCCUUCCAUGGUACCCCAAAGUUUUGAACUUGGGCCAGGCUUUGGAGAGAAGAGUCCAUAAGAUCUGCCAAGAGGAGAAAGAGAAGAGACCUGAUCUAUAUGCAUUAGCGAUGGGGUAACAAAUCCUUCAUUUAAAAACAUGACUAAAUAAUACAAGGAAAGCAUUCCUGAGGUUUUUUUCUAGAUCAGCUUUUUACUUUAGGUUGACUUUGCCUUACCUUGAAAGAUUGUGUAUCUGUUGGUUUCAGAGUAACUUUGGGUUUUUAUUGUAGAUGGCUUAUUUGUCAGGAACCUUCUUGGGCACAUUAAACUCAAAAGUUCUGUCCUUAAAACGUUUGCGUAAACUUAGAUAGUACAUCUAGGGUUUAACAAAGUUGGCAGAUAAGAGCAAGUUGAUUAAAAGUAUAAUAUCAAGAUAGGGUAGAAAGUGUUAUUCUGUACAUAUUGAACUUUCAGACUUUUUUGAUUAAAUCCUCAUGUAUUUUGCAUUUUGUACCACAUUCUUAUACAUGCUAACCUCCUUUCUAUGUUCCAGAAAAAAACUUUUAAUGCAUUUCAUUCAUAGUGUCAGUGAUUGGUUAUUCUUUUCAGAACGAGGGAAAAAUAUUUUGGUGGCAGAGGUUUUGAGGAUCACAAUAAGGAUUAAGGUGUUACAGUUGAUUUGAAGAAAGUUAUGCGAUUCUACAAAAUCAAAUGUUUGUAUUUAACUUGGCUUAGUUAAACAACCUACAGUUAAAUCAUUUGCUUUAUCUUUUCAAGCGGCUAUCCACUUCUUGUGUUUGUUUUUUUGUGUGUGUUGUGCAUAUUUAACACUUUAUGCGACUUACAGCUAUUCUGGACAGUUGAAAAGUAGAAAACAUUGCAUGAUCCCUGAAAAUGAUUUCCACCACAAGGAUCCACCCACCAAGAAUGCAGUACCUACAACGGUGCAAAAUGGGCCCGGAGGAGCUGGGCUUACUUCUUCACUCACAGUAAAUGCAGCUAAACUGGAAGAAAGCACAGCUGAGGAGACUGGUAUGUCAGUUACCAUAAAAGUAGCAAUAUAGAUGGUGGGAAUUCACACUGAUGUUUUCUUAGUUUAAAAACAAGAACAGAUAAGGGCCAGUUCACACAUCCAUACCUGUAUCAUCAGCUUAACUGCUGAUGAUCUGGAAGAGUGAGAAAUUACUCCGUUGAAACACUUUAUGACUGAGAUAAAGUGAGUUAAUACUCUUUCAUAGAUAGAAUUCUGGUCCUUAAUGCACAUACAUGUGUGAACCUGCCCCACUGCUUGUUUAGCUCAGUAUUAUCAGGAAGGGAAAGAUGCAUGUGUGCUAUACAUUAAAUAAUGCUGAAUUGAUUUUGAUUUUUUUAAAAAAUCGCCUUCUUUGUGGUGAAAAAGUUAAGCACCAACUUACCCAAGAGCGAGCACUGUUGAGCUCAUUGAGAUUUAACUUUUGACAUUUAUAGGAUUGUACUAUCAAUGUUCAUAAUAGUUCUUUAUGCAUAUAACUACUGUAUGACUAAGAAUUGCUGAGGUUCAUCUGAGUGGUAUUAUUAUUAUUAUUAUUAUUAUUAUCCGCAAUGUAACUUUUUUGUUAUUGACAAAUACUUAUUGAUGCAUACUGUUUCUCUGUAAAACAAAUACGAUUUACUUGGGUGUUAAGCACAGCAUAAUUUGUUUUGAAGACUUUAGACUUCAGUGAGUCUAUUGGUUUAUUCAUUGUCAGUAUCUUUUUUUUUUCUUUCAACAGAUAAAUUAUUAAAGGAGAAAUCUCAGGGUGCUAUUAAAGUGAUUAAUAAAGCUGCCAGUGCAACACCAAAGCUGACCACAAGCAAUGGGAGCAAUGCUUCCAACAGGUGAGUAACUGCCACCAUUUUCUCUUUAGAAUUCAAAUUACAUUGGGAAAAGAUCCGUACAGUCAAACCUCGCUUGUCAAAUGUAAUCCGUUCCGGAAACCCGUUUGGCUUCCAAAAUGUCCAACAACCGAGGCGUGGCUUCUGAUUGACUGCAAGAGCUUCCUGCACUCAAGCAGAAAGCCACAUUGGAUGUUCAGAUUCCGAACUGGAGCAUUUACUUCUGGGUUUUUGGUGUUUGGGAGCCAAAACAUUCCAAAACGAAGCCGUUUGGGAACUGCUUGACUGUAUCUUCAAAGGACGACAGAAUUCUGGGGUUAAAAUGUUUCCAUUUUGCUUGGGAUGAAAUGGAGACUUCCCAUUGGUGCACAUGACCAUGAGGCCAUGUCGGGAUGGGGUAAUACAACUUUAUGGGCCUCAAAUGUAGGGAUGUGACAGAAUUCAAUUAUGCUGAUCCCUGGCACAGUCAAGAGCACCAGUCCCUUUGCGAUUAGCAAGGAAGAAAGGUACCCCACUUAACUAACUGAACCAACCACUGCUCCAGAAAAAAUAUUCAAUGCCACUCACCACUUAAAUUUAAAAAGUGAGAGUAUCUCUUGUUAACAUGUUUAGGAAAAGCAGAACUUAAAAGGGUUUUUUCACUCUAUAGAGAGGGAUGUUUUAAAUUAAAACAUCGCAUUUUGUAUUAGUACUGAUUUCCUUUUUAUUUCAUAUAGCAAAGUUAUAAAAGAAAAAGAAGAGAAAGAGAAAUGCGGGAAGGAAAAAGAUAAGGAGAAAAAAGAGAAAACUCCAGCUGCCACUCCUGAGGCCAAAACACCUGGGAAGGAUGGGAAAGAUAAACCAAAGGAAGAAAGAGUGAACAAAGAAGACAAAGCAAGAGAUAGCAAGGAAAAGACACCUAAGUCUGAUAAAGAGAAGGAAAAGAACAAGAGAGAAGAGAAGUCGUCAAAGGAUGAAAAAUCCAAGAUCAUUGUGACCAAUGCAGAGUCAAAGUCAGCUGCAGAAAAGGAGAAGGAGAAGGAGCCGUCCAGAGAGAGAGAAGUAACCAAGGAUGUGAAAUCCAAGGAAAACAUUAGAGGAGGAGGAGGAGGAGGAGGAGGAGAGAAGGCUCCAGUAGCUGGGUCCUUGAAGUCACCUGUUCCCCGAUCAGAAGCAUCAGAGUGUGAAAGGGGUAAGCUCACCUCCUUUCUUCUGGUCUUCUGUUUCCUUAACUGUGACGCAUAAUAGGGUAGAAGGUUUUGAUUUUGAUUUUUUUAAUGGAAACUGCAUGCCAGUUAACAGAUUAAGCCAUUACUUGUUUUUCGUGGGAAAGCUCCAUAAAAUUGAUAAACCAUCUUGAAUAUCUGAGGUUUGUGAAUUUCCAAGCACUGAUGACCUGCCUCACAUUGAUUUUAACAAUUUAAUAAAUUAGUUCAUUCCUCUCUCUCUUUUCUAGAACAAAAACGUCGCAAAGUUGAUACCCAUUCUUCUCCAUCACAUUCCUCAACAGUAAAGGUUAGUAUAGCCUGAGGAAGGCAGCGCCCAUUUUAGGCUCUCGGUGUUUGGAAUGCCAGUGUUCGACUUCCUUCAAGUUUUGUGCCAACUGGAGCCAUUGGAGGUUUUAUAUUGCAUUACGAAAUGCAUUAUUUUUCUUGGUUUGGUGGACUCUUUUUUCAUAUUAAAAUUUUUAAAAAUAUUUUUUUAAAAAAAUUAGAAAAAGAAAUUAAAAGCUUCAAGGACCUAGCACAAAUGUUGUAAAUAGAAUUUGGAAGUGUCAAGAAUUUGUUUAUUUUUUAAACCAAAAAGUGCCUCACUGUUUUUAAACAGUCAGAUAUAUUUUUGGAGUGCAGUGGUAGCUACAAGCAAACGAGUGUCUUGCAGCACGCAGAGAGAGGAGCCUAUUUUUCCUGCACUAAUGUUGAAGAAUCUGUAGCACUGAAGAGUUCCUGGAGGAUUGUGGGAUAUGCGAUACCUCUGAAUUCACCAGGCUUCUUGAUGAGCUUCAUACCACGGUGUGCCUUCCAAGGAGGAGCCUUGAAAAGGAGCCCCGUUUUAAAGUCUCCUUGGUGAUCAGUUCUCCUGUAGUUGUGUAUAUUCAGUGAGCAGGCAGCUUCUGUUGCACCUUUCCUGCGAGGUUUUUUAUAUUCCAGUGGGUUCCCACCCUGUUGAGCUCUGCGUUACGCUUAAGCCAGAUGCGGCAGCCAAAACCUUCCACCCAGCAAAGAGAAAACCCCCAGCAGUCGAGUGCAGCACAAAACCAUGGCUGUAGCCAUCUUGAAGACUCAGGGUAGCAAUUCCUUGCUCCAUGUUUAUAAUUUUAUUUCUAAACCAACUAAGCUCAUGGAAUCUUUGAAUUUGCAGUACGUUGAAGCUUUAAAACUGUAAGUUACCGAUGCGUCAUCAGAGAAACUGGGAUGGAUUAUGUGGGUGUGUUGCCAUCUUGCCAAUAUUUAAAAAAACUUUCUCUUAAGACGUUGGCAUGAGGUGUAGAGCAGCUGGAUGGAGUAGUACAAUUUCAUUAAAGUUUUUGAGUAAUAAUAGAUAGUUGGGAUGUUGAUCCUCGGGAUGUUUGCUUGGGAGCAAGUCCCAUUGGUAUCAGUGGAAUUUGGUCCCAGGCAAACGUGUGGCAAAGAUUGCAGUUUUCAUUUAUAAUAUUAUUGUUUUCUAUGCAUCUAUUUAAAUAGCUGCAUUUAUAGCUAUUUAGGGGAAUGCUAUUUACAUGUUUAAUGUUAAGUCAGGAAGGUAGAGAAUUUCUCUCCCCCACCUCAAUCCAGUUGUAUAGCUAUUACCGUAUUUUUCGCUCUAUAAGACGCACCAUACCACAAGACGCACCUAGUUUUUGGAGGAGGAAAACAAGAAAAAAAAUACUCUGAAUCUCAGAAGCCAGAACAGCAAGAGGGAUCGCUGCGCAGUGAAAGCAGCAAUCCCUCUUGCUGUUCUGGCUUCUGGGAUAGCUGCGCAACCUGCAUUCGCUCCAUAAGACGCACACACAUUUCCCCUUACUUUUUAGGAGGGAGUCUUAUAGAGCAAAAAAUACGGUACUUACAAAUAUAGCACUUCAAUAAAAAAAAGAUUAAGAUAUGAUGCGGGUUUGGGUGUUUUAAAAAAACUAAUUGGCAAACACAUUAUUUUGUAGCUAGGUUGUUCUUAUUAUUUAAGUGCAUAUGAGAAGUAUUAAUACUUCAUUUAUUCCCAGAAGGAGUAGCUGUUUUUUGUUUCAAGGGUAUGACCCUGCUUCCCCAAGUUCCUGAGUUUCUGAGAACUGUGCGACCUUACGUGUCAUCUCCAUUCAUUUUCUACAGGACAACCUCAGCGAACUCAAGGACUCUUCAGCAAAGGUUUGAAUCUUUCAAUCACUCACAGAAAAUAAAUAAAAAAUAAUGGUUUUUGCAGGUUCAGCUGUGAACAAUUUUAUAACAUGGAGUACAUUAUAAAAAUAUGACACCAGGUGGUGCUGUAGCGCUGCAAUCCAAAGUCAAUGGUAAAUUGCAUUGGGAUCUCUCUCUUUCUCUAGAUAUAGACGGUGCUUUUUUCUGGGGGGUGGGGUAUGCAGGGGUACACAUACCCCUAAGCAUUUUGUGAAUCUAAGCUUGGCCUCAUUGUGGGGCAGUAUUUCAAUAUGAGUAGGAAAAUGAGAGUAUCCCUAAUUUUUUUUUUUUUUUUUUAGAAAAAAAGCACUGGAUAUAUAGAUAUAUAGGAGUUUUUUAUAGCAUUUUUAAAUAUCUGUGUAGAUCCUGCCAGCGUUAGCACUGCAAGAUACAUUGCAAGCCAUGUAUGAAUUGUUCAAACCUGGCUACCGCAACAUGCUGCACUGCUUUAGUGCAAUAUGCCCACUGGUUUUCGGACUGUGUUCUAGGAAGCCCUACAAAGCUUUUUGGGGCUUCUUCCAUAUUGUUUAGUUCAAGGUCACACUUUCAGUUAAAGCAGGGCAUCCCUGGGCACGUCAGGCAUGAUCAGUCGUCCUAGAACAUGCGCUAGAAUCCUCUACAACUAUUCUGUGAUAGACAUUCUUCAAUAGUCUGAUCAAUAUUGAAAGUAUUCCAUGAAGGCAAAAAAAGUUUGAUAACCACUGUGGCAUAUGAGCAACCAGGGGGGCUUGUCUUUUACCAAGGUGCUUGGAAUGAUUCAGCACUUUUGAUGCGAUUAUUCCCUCCUGUCAGUUCAUUAAAUCCCCCUGGUUGCACUUAAGCUUUUAUAAUGUAUUUGUGCCAUAUUUUUCUAAAGAGUUUUUGCUUGUUAGGAAAGCAGCAUCUAGCAUUUCUGUCCCAAAUUGUUGCAGUUACAUGCGUUUCCCCCUAUGCUUUCCUCAGCUGCCAGCUAUGCUGAAUGAAAUGGGUUUUUUUAAUUAUUCUAUUUUUCACUGGGUUUUAGUUGGAAAAAGCAUUUACUCUUUGUGCAAGCGGCAGUUCCAUCUACGUGCACAAGCUGAAACUUCUGUGUUGUCUUCAAGGAUUGCCCCUCAAAGGGCAAGUUUACUGCAGCUAGUGGCUUUGGAAGCAAUCUCCUGAAUCAGAAAGCUAGGAUUGCUUUGGGGUUGGGUGAAAAGCAGACCUGGCCAGUGCUCUAACCUAAAAAAUUAAAAAUGCAGGUAGAUUUGUCUGACCCAGAAUCACCUAGGAGCUGUAAAUCUGAAUGGCUAGUAAGUGCCGAACCCAGCAAUUCCAUCUCCUCCUGAUAGUCCCAUUAACUGGUUUUUAACUGAGAAAUCUCAUUUGGACCUCCCUCCCACAUUGUACUUUCCCUCUUAAUCUAAAUAGUCUAUCCAGUAAGCCAUUCUCUCUUCCCAACACCCAACAGUAAUAGUACACAACACUUCAGAAACAUGUUAAAACAAUUUAUGGAGUUCCCUGCUGCAAGAUGCGAUGGCUGUUGCCUUUAAAAAAGCAUUAGACAGGUUCUUGGGGGAUAGCUGUAUUAAUUAAUAUCAGUUGCUAGGGAACAAUAGCAGAAGUCUGUUGCUCUUGGUCCUGGUUGCAGGUUUCUGAGCAGCAUCUGACUGGCCUCUAGGGAAACCAGGAUACAUCAACCUGAUCUAGCAGGGCUGCUGUUAGGUUCUUGAAAGAAUGGGGAGUACACUGAUUUAGGUGUGGCAGUCAGUAUGAGAUGAUAAUGGAUGCAACAUUUAUGGUUUCAUUAGGAAGGGGCAGAGUUGCUUUGAUAGGUGAGGGAGGAGACUUACUGAUCUGCUUAUGGAUAUAUCCGAGAUUAAACUUGCAACCCUCUGCUCCCAGUAUAUUUUAUUUGGGUUUUUUUUUUUUUUUGUACUUCAGAAAAGCCAGAAAUAAUAGGUUCUCCUGGGGAAUAAUUGCAUAUGGUUAGAAAUAGCGGGCCGGGGUAAAGAUUUCUGUUCUUGAAUGGCUCCCGUGGGGAAUGCUAUUUCAAGAAAAACCCAAAAGUUGGGGAAAUGCAGAAUGUGAAGACUAAACUAGGUGGAUAUGGAAGAUCCUUGAACAAGAUCACACAUUUUUUUUUGUUUAAAAGCAGCCAUGAAGGGUGUGUGUGUGUGUGUGUGUGUGUGUGUGAGUGAGAGAGAGAGAGAGAGAGAGCGCGCGCGCGAGAGAGCGCAAGUGAGACUGGUGCCAGGUAUGGAAAAUCUGAUAACUCUCUUCAUGUAUUUUUUACGAUUUAAAUUCCCUCAUUCCCUGAAGCUAUUUGCCCUGCAGGGAAAAAAACCAUAUAGGUAUGUGGAGAAUAUAAACUGGAAAAAUGCCAGGCCAGUCAGUUUAAACAGAGAAAAACUGAGCAUAUUUAAAUAUGUGUUUAAAUAUGUGAUCAGAUUGACCUGCCCCUGUUGUGUGGCUGCUUUUAUUUUAUUUUUGAAAAUUUUGAUAUAUCCUAACUACAGAUCUUCUAUAUCAUACUAAGUUUGGAACAAGGCUUGCUCUAUUUUUCUACUAAGUACUUUGUGGAGUUAUUUUUAAAAUAGGGAACUAGCUACUAUGCAAUAUUAUUGUAAGUAAUUUUAUGAGUUCUGUGCUAACCCAUCCCCAAAGUUGAAUGAAAAAUUAUAUUCAUGCAACAUUUCCAUGCGCUGUCUUCUUUCUUGCCACCGAAGCUUAGUUAUUUCAUAUAAUCACCAACAAUAAAGGCAAACGGUAGCAUACAGUUUUAUGUACCUUUUAUAAAUGAGCUUGAUAACAAAUCUUUUAGGAAGCAAGUGUAGUCCACAUCAUUAAUGUUUCUCAUUAUUUAAAUAGACUGGAUUCACAAUUAAGUUUGGAGUUCUACAAUGCAAGCAUGCUUGAACACCACUUUUGUCUGUUGUCCUUCUGUUACUGAAAUUUCAGGAUUCCAGUAUGUAGUAAGUCACAAUGCUGAGUAAAAAAAUAAAAUUGUGAAAAUAUUUUUUCCAGCUUUACUUUGAAUUCGAGAUAUUCAAGGAAUUUUUCAGAGUGGUACAUAAGGAAAAGCAGAGAGACUGCCAGAGAUGAAAAAUAAAUAUUUCUGGAUUUCUGCAAAAGAGAAUUAUUUUAGUGCACCGUCUUGACAGAUAAGCUUUAAUCCUUGGUAAUGUUGCCUUAAUUUAACAGCACUACAUUAACCACUCAACUCCAACACUGUCCAAGAGUAAAGAGAGAGAAGUGGACAAGAAAGAUUUGGACAAGUCAAGGGAAAGAUCCAGAGAGAGAGAGAAGAAAGAGGAAAAGGAAAGGAAAGAUCGAAAAAGGGUUUGUGACUUAUACAUAACAAUUUUAAACUGUGGUUCUUAAAAUAUGACGACAGGUUUCUGCAAAGUUUUUAAUGACUGCUUCUUGAUUUCACUAAGACAAAACAGGGAGCAAAUUACUACAAUUUGUGGUGCAAGGAGGCACUUCAAAGGAAGAAGCAGCUUUUAACAAAUCAGCUCUCUUUAAGCAUAAUAUUUAAACUAUUGUUUUGGAGAUCUAUGUGUAUUAAAUUUAUUAAUGUUGUAUCUGACUAGGAUCAUUCAAAUAGUGAUCGGGAAGUGCCUCAGGAUUCAACCAAACGUCGCAAAGAGGAAAAUGGAACAAGUACGUUCUCUCCUGCUUUUUCGUUCUUUGACAAUGCUUAGGUGCUGAUAUGAGUGGCUCUAUUUAUGUAGCUUUUGUCUUUCCAGCUGGUUCUUCCAAACAUAGUAAGAGUGAAAGUCCUUCAGAUUCUCCUCACUCCAAUGAGAAGGAAAAGGACAAAAGCAAAUCAAAAUCUUCCGGCAAAGAGAAAGGAGACUCAAUAAAAGUUGAAAAGAUGGAGAAAAGCUCUGGUAGCAAAAAGGCAAGUCAGACUCCCCCGGUUAGUAAAGUCAUUGUCUUGUUCAGUGGAUUUUAGGUAGCAUAUGAAGCUUGUCCUUCAUAAUAAUAAUAAUUGCAUUGAAUAUAGAGUUCAGAUCAGUAGCUUUUUAAUGAGUGUGUGUAUGUGUGAAUGCAAGCUUUCAUUUUAAUGUAUGAAGUAGAAUACAACAAACAGAAAUUUUGUUUAGGAAGAGUAAAUACCUUGUUCUUUUUUUUCCUUUCACUAACCUGGCCUUUCCCACUCCUGUGAAAGAAGAAUCAAAUGUGUUAUGUAUAAGUUAUUAUUUCUCCUCAUGUUUUAAACUUGUUUUGUGUAGGAGUCCAGACAUGAUAAGGAGAAAACAGAGAAAAAAGAGAAACGGGAUAGUACUGGAGGAAAAGAAGAAAAGAAACAAUAUCCUUUCACUGUGCCAUUAGUCUUUGUGUCUGUUGGUUUCCCAAAAAUUUAGAACAACCAAAUUUCCCUUAAUCUUUUGAUUUACUCAUAAGUCUUCAGACAAACACAGAUAAUGAACAAUGUUCUGACCAAGGUGAGAAUAACUUCUUGAUCUUCUCUCUUCACUGGAGAUGGAAAAGAGUCUGCCUUGCCAAGUGGAUUGAUGGAAGAGGUACAGAGUGAUCUGUUCCCUCCUUUGCCAGUCUGCUACAUUUCUGAGCUUCUUGUGGAGGAAGAGACUUUCCUUUCUCUGCAGCUAGCACAAAAAUAAGGUGGACUGGCAGAGGAGGGAUGGAGCAAUCGGCUCCUCCUCUUCCGGCCUGCUUACCCACCUGCAUGAAAUUCCCAACUGCUUAUAGCUUCUAGGCGAGUUGUUAAAUACAGGGGUACCUCGGGUUAAGAACUUAAUUCAUUCUGGAGGUCUGCUCUUAACCUGAAACUGUUCUUAAUCUGAAGUACCACUUUAGCUAAUGGGGCCUCCCGCUGCUGCCGCACGAUUUCUGUUCUCAUCCUGAAGCAAAGUUCUUAACCUGAGGUACUGUUUCUGGGUUAGUGGAGUCUGUAACCUGAAGCAUCUGUAACCCGAGGUACCACUGUAUGGGGUUGUUGAUCUGUGGCAGAUGUAGUUGCUGAUAGCCAAGUUAAUGCCAACUGAGAAACUCAGCAGUCCCAUAUCCAGCUCCUUUAACAUCAUCUUGAUGUUAAAAAAUGUAAACGUUCUCUCUCUCUUCCUUCAUAGAGAAUGACUGCAAAAAAGCAUACAAAUAUGUCAAACCACAUUAUAUGUGUAAAAAAAUAGUGCCGAAUCCCAAAUAGUAGUCUCAGAGGUUGCGCUAUAGAGCAAGUCUCUGUAGAGCAAGACUCUAUAGAGCUCUGUAGAGCAAGUCUCUAUAGCCAAGACUAAAAUCAUACAGGAACCCAUGGAUUCGUUCUGUCACUUGUUUUAAAUGAAAGCUUUCUAUACCAUCAAUAACUGCUGUGCAGACUGAAGUUUUUGUCACUCUAGCUUUAGGUUCAUUAACAUAAGUCAUUUUUCAAAAAGAACUCUCAAGUUGUUCAGUUAAUAGAAAAAUUCUACCAAGGUAGCCAGGUUAACCUGUGAUCUCUUCAACUGCCUUGGUUGCACUAGUCUAUGAUCUCCGACGGGCUAGGGACAAAGGUGAAAGCUGUUUCCUAGUUCUGCUGGAUCUCUCAGCGGCCUUUGAUACAAUCGACCAUAACAUCCUUCUGGACCGUCUAGAGGGGCUGGGAGCUGGGGGCACUGUUAUACAGUGGUUCCACUACUUCCUCCUUGGCCGUGUCCAGAAAGUAGUGUUGGGGGAUGAAUCUGGGCUCUCACUUGUGGGGUGCCUCAGGGUUCCAUCCUCUCCCCCAUGCUUUUUAACAUCCACAUGAAGCCGCUGGGAGAGAUCAUCAUGGGGUUUGGGCUGGGUGUUCAUCAGUAUGCGGAUGAUACCUAGCUCUACCUCUUUCAAAUCGGAACCAGUGAAAGUGGUAAAGGUCCUGUGUGAGUGCCUGGAGGUGGUUGGAGGAUGGAUGGUGGCUAACAGAUUGAGGUUGAAUCCUGACAAGACAGAAGUACUGUUUUGGGGGGACAGGAAGCAGGUGGGUGUGGGGGACUCCCUGGUCCUGAAUGGGGUAACUGUGCCCCUGAAUGACCAGGUGCGCAGCCUGGGAGUCAUUUUGGACUCACAGUUGUCCAUGGAGGCACAGGUCAAUUCUGUGUCCAGGGCAGCUGUCUACCAGCUCCACCUGGUACGCAGGCUGAGACCCUACCUGCCCAUGGACUGUCUCACCAGAGUGGUGCAUGCUCUAGUUAUCUCCCGCUUGGACUACUGCAAUGCGCUGUACAUGGGGCUACCUUUGAAAGUGACCCAGAAACUGCAGUUAAUCCAGAAUGCGGCAGCUAGACUUAUGACUGGGAGUGGCCGCCUGGGCCACAUAAUACUGAUCCUGAGAGAUCUGCAUUGGCACCCAGUACAUUUCCGAGCACAAUGCAAAGUGUUGGUAUUGACCUUUAAAGCCCUAAACAGCCUUGGUCCUGUAUACCUGAAGGAGCGUCUCCAUCCCCAUCAUUCAGCCCGGACACUGAGAUCCAGCACCGAGGGCCUUCUGGCAGUUCCCUCAUUGCGAGAAGUGAGGUUACAGGGAACCAGCCUUCUCGGUAGUGGCACUCGCCCUAUGGAACACCCUCCCAUCAGAUGCCAAGGAAAUAAGCAGCUAUCCUAUUUUUAAAAGACAUCUGAAGGCAGCCCUGUUUAGGGAAGUUUUUAAUAUUUAAUGCUGUAUUGUUUUUAACACUUGAUUGGGUGCCGCCCAGAGUGGCUGGGGAAACUCAGCCAGAUGGGCGGGGUAUAAAUAAAUUAUUAUUAUUAUUAUUAUUAUUAUUAUUAUUAUUUAUUAUUGAAAUGACCAUACUGUGGCAGGGCCAGCCCAAUAUAUUUUGGCACCUGAGGCGAACCACAAAAUGGUAAACCCCCCAGAAGCAACCUUAUCUGAUGGUUGAAGUGUGAAUCAAAGGCUGUUGUUUGGAAGAAAGGGCCUACUAAGAAAUAUGCUGGAUAGGUGACCCCAGAGGGCAACCCCCACCAUUUUCUCGCUAGGGGUGGGAGGAAACCAGCAGUGCCUCCUAUUUGCCAAGAGGAUGCUGAGGAGGCAACAGAUCUGGUUUCCAGGAGCACUCCACACCUGUAGCUGCCACUCUGGCUGCUGCUGCAGCAGCAGAGAUCUGCUGCCCCUGUGGAUCAUUCUGCCUGAGGUUAUUGUCUCACCUUACCCCAUAUAUGGGAUCGCCUUGUAUUGCCACAUACAUAUUUGUGGGAAAUGUCAUUGAGACUUCGAUUACGUAUUUAAAGAAAUGUCAUUGAGACUUUGAUAAAUGCUGAGAUUACUAUAUAUCAUGAAUUCCAUUUCAGUCAAAAGAUAGAAUUAUGUAUGCUAAUACUUGAAAUAAUAAUGGUAAAAGUUUGUCCAUUUCUGAUUGAAAGUCAACAUGUUCAGAUGUCAAGCUUUAACAUGCUGCUUCAGCUAUCAGUGGCUGCCCUGGUAUUCUGUAAGUGUCAAAACAAUGCUUACUUUGGGCAUUCACGAGGUGAAGGGAGCUAUCUCACUUUUUUUAUUCUUAAUCCAUUUAUCUAAUUUAGGAAUUCCGGAGGGCACUGGCAAUCUUACCACUUGUCACGUUUCACUUCUAACAUAAAAGUUGCACUCUUACUAUAUACAAAAGAAGGUUUUUGUUACAGAUGGCGUUGCUCUCAGAUUAAAUUAAAUUCCGUUUGUAUCAAGUAAUUCUCCCCUAAGUUACGACAGACUCCUUUUUCUACUUUUGCUCUUGGGCUGAUAGUAGGGCUGUAACUGCACAAUGGGGACACGUGGUGCUUAGUUUUGUGCAGUGUUGCAUCUCUUCAAAGAGGGCUUAGUAAGAAUUCUCUCCUGUUCAUCUCUGGGAAGUAGAGCAUCAUUUCAUGAGUCAUGCUAAUCCAUUUUGGGCUUCAUGCCACUGUAAAAACUGGGCAUCUUUUUCAUGUGCUUUGUUUAUCUGAGUGAGAGCAACUUCACGCCAUUCUGCUUGUUUGCAAUCUUAGUUCUGUUAGUUUCGGCUCCUUAUCCUUUAUGAAAUAGAUUUAAUUGUCCUGAUGUUCUCUCUCUUUUUUAGGCAGGUUUGAAAUGAGAAGAUUCUGAGGUGUGACCAUAUAUGUAUUUUCCGGAAUAUACAUUGCACAGAAGAUUGCGAAUGAAGAGGACCCAUCUGCAUCUCCUUAAAUUAUUCAGUUCUCUGCUUUAUUUCCCUCCCAUUGCUGAAGAUUUGAUUGUUGAGUUGUACAUUACUGUAUUUUUGUUGGUUAGCUUCUUAAACAUUUAUUUUCAGUACCUGGCUGAAAGUGUUACAUGUUCCAUAUUUUAGCACAAUGUGCUGCAAAUUGUUGCCAUCGUGCAAAUGAGGUUUAUACGUGUACAGAGUUUCACAUUAGGUUACCCAAAUACUGCCUGAUUUCAGUAAUCCUUUUCAGAUGGAAUUGAAACAUUUGCUGUGUUUGAAAACCCAACAAAUAAACAGUUGUUGAACCUUUGGAAUUUACCUCAUUUAAAAUCCAGUUUUUAUUUAUUGUUUCUAAUAUCAAUAACUAAAACCAAGUGGGAGCAUUGUUUUUGUGCGGUGCUUAAGAAUUAUUUGUAUAUUAUGUGCACAGCAUUUCACCAGUUGAAAAAGAAAAAAAAAGGAACCCUCACUUAUUGUUCCCCGCUACACCUUAUAUGUUUGUCAUAAUGGUUCUAGAAAUUGGGAAAUACUUCAUUCCAAACAGAAAUUUAAGAAUUAGGUUUUCAUACUACAGCUACAGGAGCUUUGUAUCGCUGGACUUUAGUCAGGAAAAAAAAAACGUUUCACAAUGACAUUUCUAAGAAAAGUAAAACAAUUUUUUUAUCUGAAAUUCUACCAGUGUAACCUUUUUUUCUAAAUAAACAAUAGUUUUCUCAAUGGGUCGUAAA